AUGUUUGAGUGGGAAACCUUCAACCUUCAAGCCUGUGCACUCUACAAUGAGAUUCUCUCAUUUGCAAAUGCACUUGAAAGAGGGAAUCCUAAUCAUGCAUGUUCUUACGACUUGCGCUUGUUGCUCCUGGCAAUUCUCACAGAGGCUACCCAACUAGCCAGUUAAUAUCAGUCAGCAGCAAUAAGAAUUUUCAGGGACUGUGGCCACAACAAAUGCACCAUUGAGUAUAUCUAUAACAUAUAGAUAUCAAUAUCAUAUCAUAAAUAUAUCAAUACAGUUUAUUGAGUAUAUGUUGGCAAUUGGAAUGAGGAAUGUUAACUUGUGACAAUCACAUAGUUAAAGCUACAUAUAGAAGAGGAAUACAUAUAAUUGUGGGCCAUUUUUUUUCCCAAGCUCGUCUCCAUAAAUAUAUAGUAGAUAUAUGUCCAAAGUAAAUAUGAAUUUAAUUUAUUUUGCAUGUUUUCUUUGGGGUUAUGUGAAUUCUUGACUUCUAGUAUCUGCAGUGACUGCAACCCCUCCCAGACUUUCUGUGGCUGUCCAAUCACAGACUUCCUAAUGCAGCUCAAUGAGAAGCAUUUGCAAGGCAGGUGCUCUGAGCAAUUGGGGUCUAUUGAGUUUAGCUCCACACAUUUAACGUCAUCUGUGACCCUAACAGUUGGAUGAUAAAAGGAAGGGGGUCUAACUAAUACCCAACUUGAGGUUCCCCUAAAGCCCCAUUUAGCACACAGUUGGCUCUGCCAGGUUGCCAGAUAGCUGCUCUGGUUCUGUGUAGCAGACAAAUAUUUAACCCCAAAAUUGCUUUUGCAUUUAUUAUUAUUAAAUGUAAUCUCUGUCUUUGUGAACCUGGGAGACACACCUCACCUAACCUCUGAUGUGUUAUAUUAUUUUACAGAGAGGACAACAAUAACCGCAUCGUCGAGCAGAGACUGUCUGCAGGCAGGAGAGGCCUGCAAAAGCAAUCACAGCUGCAGCUCCAAUUUACGAACCCUCCGCCAGUGUAUAGCAGGCAAUGGUGCUAACAAGUUGGGGCCAAACGCUAAGAACCAGUGCAAACGAACAGUCACGGCACUUCUUUCCAGCCAACUGCACGGCUGUAAGUGCAAACGAGGAAUGAAAAAAGAGAAGAACUGUCUUAACAUUUACUGGAGUAUUCACCAUACCUUGAUGGAAGGUUAGUUGACAAUUAUUUUUUAGGACAGUCUUCCCCUGUUGAGACAGUUAAAGUAAACAAAACAAAUUGUUCUGACCCCAAUCAUAUAUGAAAAUCAAAAACCCCACAUCAGCCUAUAUCAGCGCAGACAAGAAUGCAAAUGUUUUAUAUUUAAGUGGACAGUAUCCAAGGAUAUUUUAAAAAUAUAAUUAAAAUUACUAUUAAAGAAUUUAAUAAAAAUGUUUAUUGCCUUCACAUGUUCUGCAUUUGCCACAUAUCUCUGGGGUUUUAGCUUUUGCAUUUGGCUCUUACCAAGUAUUUGAUACAGCAUAGCCAAUAUUCUCAUUCCCAUUAUUUUAAAUGGAAGCUAAGCCUAUCCAAUAACCUCUACCCUGGAUAACGUUAAAGAGACCGAAUAAACUUUUGCUUAAUGAAGCCAUUUUGGUGUAUUGUCAUUGCCUUUGCAGUCUCACUGCUCAGUUCUCUGUCAUUUAGGAGUUAAAUCACUUUGUUUAUGCAGCCCUAGUCACACCUCCCUGCAUGUGACUUGCACAGCCUUCCUAGACACUUCCUGUAUAUAGAGAUCUAAUGUUUACAUUUCCUUUAUUGCAAAUUCAGUUUAGUUUAGAAUAUCUUAUCUCCUGCUCUGUUGAUAGUUUGAUAGACCUUGCAGGAGUCUUCUGUGUGUGAUUAAAGUUGAAAUUGCAGAGCAGGAGGUAAAAAACUUUUAAAGACUUUAAAAAAUAAAAAAAAUUUUCGUGCAGGCUUUAUGACUUACAGCCAGGGUAGUUGUGACUAGCGUUGCAUGGACAAAAGUAUUUAACUCCUAAAUGGCAGAGAAUUGAGCAUUGAGACUGCAGGGGCAUGAUCUAUAAACCAAAAUUGCUUUAUUAAGCUAAAGUUGUUUUGAUGGUUAUAGUAUCCCUGUAAGUAUUUAUGGAGGGAGCAUCACAUGACCUUUAACCAAUGAGGACAAAAAAUAGACAUUAGGUGGGACCAUAAUCAUCUGAAUAGGAAGCAGAAAAGAUUCCACAUACGUUUACAUAUUGACAGAGACACCGGGAACACAUCUGCUGAACAUCAGGCUCUAAAUUGAAAAAAGGAGUAUUUAAAACCACUAAAACAAGAAACAAACAAACACUGUAUUGCCAACAGUGCUGACGCCACUGAUUCAUUUUCUUCAUUUUGCAUAAACUGCUUUUUUGGAUGAAGCACAGUGAAAGUGUAGGACGGGAGAGUGUAUCCAAAAUGAGUCGCAAAGAGGCACUGGCAGAACUCCCACCUGUGUGUUUCCAUAGCAAUGGAUACCUGUCUCGGGAGCCUCCAUUACAGAGUACAAUGUAGACUGUAAUUAUGUGAGAAAAUAAUAAUGAUAAAAUACAAAACAGUUUUAACAUACCACAAAUGGAAUAGAAAAGCUCAUGUCUGAUGUUUAUUAAAAAGGAACAAAAAAUGACUAAUUAUAGGAUAGUCAUAUGAUAUUAGAAACUCUUUAGUUAUUGAGUCAUUAAAGGACGCAUUGAGACAGUUAUUUUGUUUAGGUUCAUAGUGUCAGUGAUGGCAUGGAGUUAGGUAUUCUUUUAUUUGGACAACAAUUCUCAGUAUUUCAUCCUGCUAUUAGCUGAGUGGAAAUUGCAUCAUUCAUAUCCCUAGCCUAAUUCCAGUCCUCUCAAUAUUGGCAGAGACUGUAUUCCUCUUUCCAUAUGCAAUCCCAUUAGUUCUUACACAUCCUGGUGUUCGUUUCUUCUCACAACUUCAUUUCCAACAUAAAGCUGAAGCAAGCAUGGUGAAUUGUUAGUGUAGGACCUACCUAAAAGGUUUGCCUUGAUGUGGCAGGUGGGCUAGCAUCUAAUGGCAAUUGAAGAUGUACUGAAAACCUCCAGUUAUUUAAAUAUGCAUAUGGGAUUUAGGAUAGUGCGCAAGUAAUUAUUUUCUUAAUUUUUUAUUGCCUUCCAACAUGUCUAACCAACAGGAGACUGAGCAUGUAGGGCCACAAGGUGAUUUGCUUCUCCUCCCUCAGACAGGGUGAACUGCCCAAGGACUCAUACACACGCUCGUCUCGAAGGCCAUAUGUAAACUCUAAAUAACAACAAACAGAACAGAUCCUGUAAAAUGGUGUAAUGACAGUUAUAUACCUGUGUAAGAGUCUAGCAUGAAUGAUUUUUCCAAACACGUCUUAUGAUUUGAUGAAUAGAUCAAAAAGCAGUACAGAGUACAUCACACUGUUUGGAUUUAAAGUCUUGACUGGUUGGCUAUAGUAACUAUUGUUAGGCUAUGGGAUUGUACAUCUCAAAGCUAACAAUGUCCUGAUAAACAACAGUGUACACUUCUAGAAAAGCAGAAACAACACUUCAUGUUCCUUGAGAACCAAGAAGGGUAUCUGCCUACUGAUCCAGAAAAGGACCCUGAUUGAGGAAGACAGGAAAGAGUCAGGGUAAUGUGGAAUAAACCAGCAUAACUAUUUGACGAAACAGCAGGACAAAGAACAAUGUGAAUAUCAAAAGGGGUACAGGCCUCUCAAACGUUCUGUGCAGCAAAAUAUAGAGCACGUAUAUCAUCGUCCUGGGAGGACAUUCCGUCAAGGAGAAGCUGGCAAGUGGAAAGAGGAAGCAGCAGAAGAGAUUUAUACCAGUCAAAAAUAUCUGGACACUCACAGAACCUCCAUCUAGACAAAAGGUUGUCGGGAGUAAGUGGACUUUCAAAGUCAAUAUGCAGUUUGCAGAAGCAGAAUAAACUGAGCGUUGUAGUACUGGAGUAGUAACAUCAUAUAUUAUAUAUAAUAAACAUAUAAUAGGUGGGACUGUAUAUAUAGUUUUGAAGUAUAGUUUAUUCCUGUUUCCUGUUCUAGCUACAUUUGCUUGGAUGUGACUUUGUCGGUUGCAGUUUGAUGUCCUGAUGCAAAGCAUGUUUUGUUAUUUUUUACAGUAAAAUUAUAUCUGAAUUACAUGAAUUGAAUUAUAUAUAUAUAUAUUUAUUUAUUUUUAGCAAGUUUCCUUUUUUUAGAGGGUUGAGCAGCCAUAUUGGGUCACACUUUACUGUUCUUGUAAUAAGUGGGGGGAUGUGAUUAACAGCCAAACUGUAUGCCAAUGAAGUGUUAUUGUGUUCUAAUACAGGGAUUCAAGCCCCCAUUCUAUCCUUAGGCAAUAAUGGAGUCCUCUGUGAAGCACAUGGCCUUUCACCAGGCAAAAUCAGUUGGGUUGUUGAUAAACUCCUCCUCCAUCCCCUUCCAAUGCAAUACCCCUUCCCCCAGGAGGCACUCUGGUUCUGUUACAUCCUAAGGGAUUGACUAAGGGAGGUGGUCCAGCAAAAGGAGGGGCUAACCUGUUUAAAGCCCUGUGAAUAGCACAUUCUCUCUCUCUUUGAAUUACCUCUCUUCACCUUCUCUCUUCUCUCUCCCCUCUCCCCACUAUACACACCCUCUCUCUCUUACUCUCAGCUGCUGAUCAAUGGAGUGGUAACUGUAUCACGUGUCUACCGUUUUUCCCCGAAAAUAAGACCUAACCCGAAAAUAAGCCCUAGCUAGAUUUUCGGGGUGGGCUGCAAUAUAAGCCCUACCCCGAAAAUAAGACCUAGGCAGGGCCGGCGGUUGCCGGCCCUUUAAAUGCCUCAGCCGCCUGAGCGCUCUAUAGAGAGCGCUCAGACGGCUGCCGCACUGCCUCACCUCCCCUUCCCUGUAGCGUGGCCGAGCUCCUCUCCGGUCCGCGACCCGCCCGGACUGACAGGAAGUGCACACUGGGUAUCUUGAGAUGCAGCUUCCCAUUUUAAGUGCACUUCCUGUCAGUCCGGCCGGGUCGCUGACCGGAGAGGAGCUCGGCCACGCUACAGGGGAGGUGAGGAGAAGAUUGGAGGGGGGGGGAGUAUUACAGGGAGGGAGGGGGAUAAUAUUACAGGGAGGGAGGGGGGAUAAUAUUACUGGGAGGGAGGGAGAGUAUUACAGGAGGAGGGGGGAUAAUAUUACAGGGAGGGAGGGGGGAAGUAUUACAGGGAGAGGGGGGGGAUAAUAUUACAGGGAGGGAGGGGGGAGAGUAUUACAGGGAGGGAGGGGAGAAUAUUACAGGGAGGGAGGGGGUAAUAUUACAGGGAGGGAGGGAGAAUAUUACAGGAGGGAGGGGGUAAUAUUACAGGGAGGGAGGGGGAGAGUAUUACAGGGAGGGAGGGGAGAGAGUAUUACAGGGAGGGAGGGAGGGGUGAAUAUUACAGGGAGGAAGGGGAGAGAGUAUUACAGGGAGGGAGGGAGGGGAGAAUAUUACAGGGAGGGGGAGGUGAGGGUCUCUGGGGGGGUUACACAGCGCGGACACCGGCUGACAGACUGGCUCCAAGCCCUACCCUGAAAAUAAGCCAUAGUGUGUUUUUUUGUGACUAAAAUUAAUAUAAGACCUGGUCUUAUUUUCGGAGAAACACGGUAUGCCUGUUUUAUUAUGUUAAUUUAGCCUACUUUCCAUUCAGUCAAUGAUUAGUUUUAGUAGCAACAUAUACUAGCCUAUUUCAAAUGUAUAUGUAUUGUUUAUUUGUUUGAUUAGCCUUUAUUAAUAAAUAUUAUUGAAUUGCCGAAAGCAAGGAGUGUGGACUCUGACUUUACACUCGGUUUUUAAGUUAUUAUUUUUAGUUAUUAAUGUUAUUAUUAAUUCCAAGUUUAUUCCAACUUGCGAGUUAAACGUUUAUUACAGUUCUAAUCUGACCAUCUUCUCCUCAGCCUAACUUGGUAACUGCUGCAGUUUCACACAGAGAGAUCGCAGCAGCAGGCAAGUUGGGUUGAGCAGAAAUUGGUUAGAUAACAGUACAGUCUUACUCUACAUGGCUGCUCAGCCGGAUAAAAAAAAAAAGUAAAAUUUUCUCAAAAAUUCGAUAUACAUCAUUUAAAAAAAAAAAUCAAGUUUAAUGAAAUCUAAUGUUUUUAUUAAAAACAAAACAAAACGAGAGUUGUCCUUUAGCUAGCACUUUCCAUCCCCUAACUGCCCAGCACCUCCUUACUGAUGUGAAGAACAUAUGGUAUGUCUCCAGUGGGUUCACUUUCUUGUGGUUUGAUCCCAGUAAGGGUUUAUCUUACUCAUAAUCCAAGACCUGAUCUAGUGCCAAUAAGAGUAAUUAUUUAUUGUUUAGUACAUGUAACUUGAAUUUAUAAUUAUAUAAAUUGCAAUAAAAUGUUUUGGGGUUCUCUUUUUCUGUCUAGGUAUAAGCAUUCCAGAGAGUUCACCAUAUGAGCCAUUUGUAAGGGGUUUUGACUAUGUGAGAUUGGCUUCCAUCACAGCAGGUAAGUGUUCUAAUAUGAAUCCUGUGUAGCAAAUGGUACAAAAUAUAUUUUACUUUAUUUUUUAUUUUUAAAAAAUGUAUUUUACCAAGACAAAAUACAUUGAGCUAUCUCUUGUGUUCGUGUAUUUGUUUAAUAGAUAAAUAAUUAUAAAAAGGGGACAACUAAACCAAACAGAGUAAAAUAAUCCACUAACGCCCUGCAAUUUGCUAUUUUGCUGUUACCGCCAUCACGUAUUCCUGUAUUAUCAUUUAUCUUUCUGUGCAUUGGUAUAGUUUAUGUUACAGACAUAUUUUUCUUUUUAUUCAUAACCAACGUAGUGUUGAUGUGGAUGGGACGAUAUAAAUAGGGUUCACCUUCUGCAUUAGUGUUCUGAUGUGGGGGGAUGUAGUGGUAAAUAUACCUCGUUUGUCUUAACUUGAAAAGUGUACCUGGAGUGUUAUUUACAAUCUAUUAAGGCAUGGUGUAUGAGUGUCGGCACAGGACCUGUUGCAUACAAGCACGGUAUAUAUUCACAGUGCAGCAAGGCCUCGUUACACAGAGUCUCAGCCGUGAGAUUUGGUUAUCUACCUACCUAUAUUUCAACUGACACAUAGACAUGCUAAUCUCGACAAAAAAAACUGCAUUGCAUUGAUAGCACAUUGACUAAGAGAGUCAGCGGAUUGCUCUCAGCUAGUGACCCUCUAUCUGCACUACUGAGCUUAUUUCAGUGAAGAGAGCUUCUAGCUCUCACUAAGUAGUAGUGGAGGCUAGGAGUGGCAUCCUGUAGACGCCAAGUAAGAAGUCAAACUGUUCUAAAAUUGUCGUGGUGGUUAUGGUUCUUUGAGUGCAUGGUUAGCUCAUUAUUAAGGGGCUAUCAGCUGACAUUCUUAGCCAAUGUAGAGGAAAUGGGGAGCAGAAUCCAAUAAACCCCAGUAAAGACUUCAAACCAUCCUAAAAUGGGGCACUGUAGUGGUUAUGAAGAGUGGAGCAUUCCUUAAAGAAAUAAAAAAAAUGAUAUGUUAUUUGACUCUAAUAGAGAUCAGACUGAGGGUUAGGUUAGGACUUAGAGAUCACUAUUACCACUAAGGCAGACUGAGCUUCCGUUCAAAUCAUUUCUAAGCUUUUUAUUGUCUUAUUUUACAGGUAUUUAUUUAAAGCAUGAUUGCAGUUUUACAAAGUGUGUUCUCGUCUUGUUUGCUCUGCUUAGAGGCUUUUGAUUUUGGUUUAAAAUCGUCCUCCUAUUCUUUCAUUUGACCCCUUUCAGACUAAUUACUAGGAUUCAUUUGCUUUUUAUGUGGUCUGUCAGCGUUCUAUGAACAACAACAUUUAUUGAAAGACCUUCACGGAGAAGAUAGUUGUAAUACAAAUCGGGGUAUUUUUAGCGCUUUCUAUCAAUACAUUUCAUGGAAAUCUUUUUUGCUAGUCACGACCAAUUUUCAGUACAAUAGAUAGCCUUAUUUGCCUUGAAAGCUUUUGUGUGGUCGGAGUAACAUUGUGGUAAAAGAGAUGGUCUUGGUGUCUUCUCAGCACUUUUUCUAAGGAUGGAUUACAUAGAAACGGACAAACCGCCUAUGUACAUCUCAUCUCACACAGAGAAAAUGCAGUGUGCCACAUUUUUGCAUAUUGUUAGCUAAUUGCCUGUAACUGUUCAGGUGUUUGCAAUCUUCUUCUUUAACCCCUUAAGGACAGAGGCAACUGUACAAGUUCUGACCAAAACAAAACCAGUAGACAACCUAGAGUUUGAUCUACAUGUUUGUUCAGUCAUAAUUUAUUUCUUUCAUAUUAAUUGUGCCCACUCUUAUUAUAUAUAUAUUUUUGGUCAUGAGAAACAGUGCUUUCAUUUCACAUCACAUAUUUUUAUAUGAAACAUAAUUUAAUAUGAACACAAUCUAAAAAAGUGUGAUGAAUUAAGAAUGUUUUUAUUUUUUUAGUUCUGCAUGAUAUAUUAACUGUGCAUGUCAUACUCUUCGAUUUUACUGCAAUAAAUCACACAUAUGUGUAUGCUGUAAUCUCCUACAAGCACAAUGAUGAUCCCCUGUGUACAGGUUUCAUGGUGUUUUGGAAUGUUACAGGGGUAAAUAAAAAGCUUGUCAAUUUAAAUUUUUACACAUUGAAAUUUGUCAAAUUGGUUUGCUGGGCCAAGAGAGUCACUUGCCAGGUCUCCUUAUAUCAGAUAUCAGAUAGCCAGUCAUGUGAUGGUCACGACCAAUUGCAGCUCUAGGAGGCGUGUAGUGAGGCAGCUCGUCAGGAUGGCAGGCUUGCUAUGUUGUCCUAAAAAAGGGUGGGCUUAAACACCGCAGAACAGCAAAGCAUGUUCGUUGAAUCCAUGAUCCCGAUCGGAGGACUUCCUGAUAACAUAGGCAGUCCCCCUGCAGCAACUCUGUCUCUCUGGACCUCCAGGGCCAUGUGAUCACGAUCAGCCUCACCAUCUGAAAACUUCACUAGCCGCAAAGUCAGCAAACAUAGUGUUAGUGAAUUAUUAAGUGUGCUUGCCCUACACAAACAGCACGCAGGGCAUUCAAUCAAUCACUUCAACAUAGCUCUGCAAAUGUGCUGCUCUGAGUGGGUCUAGCCCGUCCACCCAUUGGCACAUCACCAGUGACACAAACCACAUCAUUGACAAACCUCAAUACAGGGUGUCUUUAUAAGCACUUAACAAGGAAGAUUAACUCCAGUCUAUAUUGUUCUUUAUGGUCACAGAUUUACUAUCUAAGGUUUAAAGUGGCACAGCUAUUAAUCACAGUUAUUUUCUUUCAGUUACCUUUCCUUGCCUCUUGUAUCUUAGCGAUUACACCCCUUCUGUCCUUUAUUUGCCUUUAUAAUCUGUUCUUCCUUGUGGCGGAUCUCAUUACCCGGGCACCUCCAGUUUGUUCUCCUCUGUCCAUGGUGUAUGCAGUUUGUCAUUUUGUUGGAUUCUUUUGACUGAUGGAUUGUGCAAAAAAUUAGCUUAGCAACCAAAAUAGAACUUUGAAUAAGCUCCGCUCAUUACCAAAAUUGCUGUCCAUACGAAAAAGUACUCUUUACUUUCUCUACUGUAUCAUUAAAAAAAAUUAUGUGAAUUUAUAAAAAAAAAACAAGGAGAUUAGAAUUCAUUUAAAAACAAAACCUGCAAUGUGAGAGAUGUUUUAAGUAAUUAUGUUAUGAAGGCUGGUAUUACGAGAUCACAGGCUUCUUAAGACAAAUAAAAAGACGCGUCAAAUUACUUCAGAUUCUGUUGCAUAAAGAGCCAUUUUUUAGAUCUAACAAGUUGCUCUAAAGAGCUUGUUCUCUGUAAAAUGGGGAGUCCCAAAAGGGGUUUGUUUAGGGGUCAUGUUAACUAUAAACACAGGACAAAAAAAAUGUGUUAUGGAUGAAUAUAAUCUGGUUGUUUUGACAGAGACCUCACAAAUGAUUGCUUUACAUUCUGUACAUGUUACGUUCCUUUAUGCCAUAUGAAAUACAUGUAUCUAAACCCUUCCAGGAGUAGCUUUUAAACAUCUCCAGUUCUAUAACGGAAUGUAAUAAAUCUGCAAACUCAUUGGACAGUAGGCUCUCAAGAGAAUAUUGUCCAUAUUUUACAAACCACCCAGCAAGCUUGGGAAGGAAAUAACGGGAUGAAAUCAGUCCUUGAAAUCCAGAGUUAGCCAAAAAUACUCCCAGCACUUGUGUACAUACCACCUGCUUUCAAUUAUGAAACAUCUCCCUUAGGGUUGUAAAAGGACUGCAUGUGCAUCCCUGUUACGCUGAAAGAUUUGGAUUUAUGCACAGUGAGCAGUGCCUCUCCUGAAACACAUGGAAUAUUGGGCACUAAGGAAAUCUUGAGAUGAUGAAUAGUGAUAUUAAGUGACCAGAUGUCCUGUUUUUUUGGAGCCUACUCAGGAAACACAUUUCAGUAGUCAGAAAUUGUUCUGCUUCAUACGAGAAGACAAUCAUCACAUGUAAAAUCCAAUCUUCGUAACAUGCCCGGAAUCUUAACAGUGCAUUAAAACAAUAUGUUUGUAUUAUUAGUUGUAAUUAUAACAUCCUGGUAGAUUUCCCAUCUGGCACUUGGCUGUUAUGUUUUUUUAAAUGUGUUUAACAUGUAGUAGUUCCUGCCUUAUAAAAAUAACCUGGUACUGUUGUACUUUUGAGAAGAAAGCUUAGGGAACUAGAAAUCAACUUUUGCAACAGACUAAGCUCCAAAGUCACAUGUUAUAAGUGUAGUAGGAACAUGUGUGACUAGUCCCCAGCUGGCAAUCCACACUCGUCCCUCUUUAUUUUCCAUCCCUUCUUCUCUGACGGCAAGGACCAUAACAGCGAUUCUUCAGGCAGCUUACGUUCCCUCUACCCAAUCAUUCUUCUAGACACGUAUCAUCCCUUCUGCAUGAUUCUUCUUUCAAGCAAGGGUAUUGUCCCCUCUACCUGUUCCUGAUACCACUUUUAUUAAGAAGAUUUUGUUUUUUAAGCUAAAGUGUUAGCUCUCUGCCAGUAAGUUCUCAGACUGUGUAACAAGUCCACACUGAGUAAGCAGGAUAGCUUGCUCUGGAGAGCAGGCCCUCAGUUCUGCUGCUAGGCCCUCAGUUCUGAAAGGAGAAAGACUUAGAACACUUUUUUUAAAAGGGUGCUCGGAGCAAAGAUGACUUUCUACAAUCUUGACCUUAAAUUUGAAAUUCACUUUUAAUUCACUUUGAAACUCGAAUAGCUGGUGGCAUAUAUUCCGUAUCAUGCUCCACGUGUAUCGUUGGGUUUUGGGUUUACAGUUCCUCACCCACCAGUGGGAGGAGAUCUAAGCCACCCAAAAGUACAGACUUAUGUUACCUACUCUUUUUUGCCGAAACUCUAUUACAGACUUAGCAUAGUUGAAUGAGAUGUUUAGUUCUGCCGACUACCACCCUUUAUUGUUAACAUAAAUUGCCAGAGAGUGAGCUAGGAGUUGAAAAUGUUAUGGGUGAAGCCACAGCUCUACAGUUUCCCCUCUUAAAUUAUCUGUUAUAGGUGCAGGCUGCAUUGGGAGCAGAGUUCCGAGCCCCUGGCAUCUUUGAAGUUAUCCUAAUGCAAAGUGUUAGUAGGUUUUAGAGUAUUAAGGAUAAUUCUCAUGAAACUGCAACCUAUAAAAAAGUAAACAUUUAAAUCACAAGCAGCGAGUUGUGUGUAAUUGAAAACAGUGCAAGGAGUACAAAAUAUUUGGUAGAUGACUAGACCAAAAAACGGAAAACAAAUUAUAAUAUUUUUAAGGAAAAUCAAGAAGAGAAUAGGUUUGAAAUGUGCCAUUGUUAUAUUAUAUGACCACUAAAGUCACCCAAACCGCUUUAUCUCCAUGAAGUGGUGUGGGUGUAGUGCUCCUCUCAUUUUAACAGUUCAAUGUUAAUCAUUGCCGUUUUGUAAAAACAGCCUGACCUGCAGGCUGAAAAGUCGCAUGUUAGCUGGGCUCCUACUGUAUCUACCGAUUAUCCGACAAUACUCACCAAUAUUGAGCUUGUGUAUACGCCAGGGUGCACUACCCGAGUUACAGGUGCCUUGGUGUCAGUGGUGUAUCCUGGUUUUGUGCUGCCCUAGGCACGCCGCCCGCAGAGUGAGGCUGGGAGCCGGAAUAUGACGUCGCGCGAGGGAGCUGAGCAGACAGCUCAGGGGAAAGUGCUCCCUCGCCAGACGCCCGCCCGCCCGCCCAGCAGCCUGCCUGGCUUGUCAGUUAGCCGCAAGGCUAACAAGGCAUUUGGGGCGUGUUUAUUUGCCGCCCCCUGGAAAAUGCCACCCAAGGCAAAUACCUUGUUUGCCUUGCAGCUAAAACGUCCCUGCUUGGUGUACCUCUUGCUACCUUACCUGAGUGCAUUCUAUAAUUGGGAGCCCGAGGUGGCUCACCGCGGCCUGCGAGUGACAGAACCAGGGAGAGGCAGCCGCUCUCCUCAGCCUUCCUUCAUGUCUGUGUGUGUGUGUGUGUAUGUAUGUCUGUGUGUGUGUGUGUAUGUCUGUGUGUGUGUGUGUCUGUGUGUGUAUGUAUGUCUGUGUGUAUGUCAGUAUGUGUCUCUCUGUAUGUGUUUGUGUAUGUCUGUAUGUAUGCCUGUUUGUCAGUAUGUAUGUAUGUCUGUGUGUGUGUCUGCAAGUAUGUAUGUCGGUAUGCAUGUAUGUCUGUGUGUGUGUAUGUCACUCUAUCAGUAUGUAUGUCUUGCGGCUAACUGACAAGCCAGGCAGGCUGCUGGGCGGGCGGGCGGGCGGGCGUCUGGCGAGGGAGCACUUUCCCCUGAGCUGUCUGCUCAGCUCCCUCGCGCGACGUAUAUGUUUGUGUAUGUCUGUAUGUAUGUCUGUUUGUCAGUAUGUAUGUAUGUCUGUGUGUGUGUCUGCAAGUAUGUAUGUCGGUAUGCAUGUAUGUCUGUGUGUGUGUAUGUCACUCUAUCAGUAUGUAUGUCUGUGUGUGUGUGUAUGUCAGUAUGUCUGUGUGUAUCUGUGUAUGUAUAUGUGUGUGUGUGUAUGUGUGUAUGUAUAUCAGUAUGUAUGUGUAUGUAUGCCAUUAUGUAUGUAUGUCAGUAUGUAUUUAUGUGUAUGUAUGUCUGUAUGUCAGUUUGUAUGCAUGUCUGUUUGUCAGUAUGUAUGUGUGUCAGUAUGUGAGUAAGUAUGUACAACAGUGUGUGUGUCUGUAUGUCAGUGUGUGUGUGUGUGUGUAUCUGUGUAUGUAUCUAUAUGUAUGUCUGUUUCAGUAUUUGUGUCUGUUAGUAUGUGUGUAUCUUUCUGUGUGUGUGUCUGUGUCCUUUUGUGUCUGUGUGUGUGUAUUCCUGUGGGCGGGAUUUGGAGGUGGGGCAUGGAGGCGGGCACACGGGGGCCCAGACCUUGAGCUGUGUUAGGGGCCCCACAAUUUCUGAUGGUGGCCCUGGCCGCACAUGUAUAUCUCAUCCACCAAUGCUUCUCUAUGAGCAUUGGCUUGGAUGAGAUCACCAAUCACCUUUACAAGAGGUGUGCUGCCAGAAUGAGGUGAGUAAAUUUAUUUUAACUUUUAUUUUUGCUACCAAAGGGGGAUGGCAGUAAUAGAAGGGAACCAAUAGUCCCACAAAGAAAGGUUGUUAUUUUCGGUACUUUAAGAGGAACAAAUGCAAAUUAAAUAGAAAGUUUGAGGAAAGAAAAACAUUUAAAAAAAAAUUGAAAGUUCAAUUUGCUCAUUUGCAUCUUAUUCUUAUUUGCCCAGGGCAGGCUUGCAUAUGACGUAAAUCAAAUAGUAUAACUAAUUACUAACCUUUAGUUAACAGGUUGUGUAAAAAAAACAUAUUUAAUAUAAAUGUCCUGAUUCAGCAGUUGUAGACUAAAUAUACUAAACUAAAUAUAUCUGCAGUUAUUACUGGCUGAGCAUUCUGCUAAAUAAUAUAUUUUUCCACUGUCUUACAGGUUCUGAGAAUGAAGUUACACAAGUUAAUCGAUGUUUAGAUGCGGCCAAGGCCUGCAAUGUAGAUGAAACUUGCCAAAAGUUGCGAACGGAUUAUGUUACUGUAUGCAUUCGACAAACGACUCGGACUGGUUUUUGUAAUCGUUCCAAGUGCCACAAAGCCUUGAGGAAGUUUUUUGACCGAGUGCCAGCUGAGUACACCAAUGAACUGCUCUUCUGCCCAUGUGAGGACACAGCGUGUGCCGAGAGGAGAAGACAAACUAUUGUCCCCGCUUGCUCGUAUGAGUCUAAGGAGAAACCGAACUGCCUCACACCUCUGGACUCAUGCAAGGAUAACUAUAUCUGCAGGUAGGAACAUUGCUGUUAGCAUGUCUGUCGUCUGUUAUCACGAGAGCUGCGCUUUAUUCAAAUAAUUAACCUGUUCACUAACGAGUCAUUUGCAAACAUAUAACAGCCCCAGUAUUUUGGGUGUCCUGAAAAGUAAUGUUUCAGUAAUGAUAGCACAUAAUUUAUUGGAAACAAAAAUAAUAUUUUGCUCGUACACACACACUCAUAAAAAAAACUUAUUUUUUAUAAAAUCAUUUACUAAAUUAAUAAAUUAUAGACAAGAAAACAGUGUUGUAAGUAAAUAACAUGUAUAGAAUAUGUAACAUAGACACUUCCAACAUCCAGUCUGUAAUUAGUGUAUAUUAUAUACACUGCUCAAAAAAAUAAAGGGAACACAAACAACACAAUGUAACUCCAAGUCAAUCACACUUCUGUGAAAUCAAACUGUCCACUUAGGAAGCAACACUGAGUGGCAAUCAAUUUCACAUGCUGUUGUGCAAAUGGGAUAGACAAUAGGUGGAAAUUAUAGGCAAUUAGCAAGACACCCCCCAAUAAAGGAGUGGUUCUGCAGGUGGUGACCACAGACCACUUCUCAGUUCCUAUGCUUCCUGGCUGAUGUUUUGGUCACUUUUGAAUGCUGGCGGUGCUUUCACUCUAGUGGUUGCAUGAGACGAAGUCUAAAACCCACACAAGUGGCUCAGGUAGUGCAGCUCAUCCAGGAUGGCACAUCAAUGCAAGCUGUGGCCAGGUGGUUUGCGUAGUGUCCAGAGCAUGGAGGCGCUACCAGGAGACAGGCCAGUACAUCAGGAGACGUGGAGGAGGCCGUAGGAGGGCAACAACCCAGCAGCAGGACCGCUACCUCCACCUUUGUACAAGGAGGAACAGGAGGAGCACUGCCAGAGCUCUGCAAAAUGACCUCCAGCAGGCCACAAAUGUGCAUGUGUCUGCUCAAACGGUCAUAAACAGACUCCAUUAGGGUGGUAUGAGGGCCCGACGUCCACAGGUGGGGGUAGUGCUUACAGCCCAACACCGUGCAGGAUGUUUGGCAUUUGCCAGAGAACACCAAGAUUGACAAAUUCACCACUGGCAUCCUGUGCUCUUCACAGAUGAAAGCAGGUUCACACUUAGCACAUGUGACAGACGUGACAGAGUCUGGAGAUGCCGUGGAGAACAUUCUGCUGCCUCCAACAUCCUCCAGCAUGACCGGUUUGGCAGUGGGUCAGUAAUGGCGUGGGGUGGCAUUUCUAUGGGGGGCCGCACAGCCCUCCAUGUGCUCGCCAGAGGUAGCCUGACUGCCAUUAGGUACCGAGAUGAGAUCCUCAGACCCCUUGUGAGACCAUAUGCUGGUGCAGUUGGCUCUGGGUUCCUCCUAAUGCAAGACAAUGCUAGACCUCGUGUGGCUGGAGUGUGUCAGCAGUUCCUGCAAGACAAAGGCAUUGAUGCUAUGGACUGGCCCGCCCAUUCCCCAGACCUGAAUUCAAUUGAGCACAUGUGGGACAUCAUGUCUCACUCCAUCCACCAAUGUCACGUUGCACCACAGAGUUGACGUUGGCAGAUGCUUUAGUCCAGGUCUGGGAGGAGAUUCCUCAGGAGACCAUCCGCCACCUCAUCAGGAGCAUGCACAGGCAUUGUAGGGAGGUCAUACAGGCACGUGGAGGCAACACACACUACUGAGCCUCAUUUUGACUUCUUUUAAGGACAUUACAUCAAAGUUGGAUUAGCCGGUAGUGUGUUUUUCCACUUUAAUUUUGAGUGUGACUCCAAAUCCAGACCUCCAUGGGUUGAAAAAUUUGAUUUCCAUUUUUUUAUUUUUGCGUGAUUUUGUUGUCAGCACAUUCAACUAUGUAAAGAACAAAGUAUUUCAGAAGAAUAUUUAAUUCAUUCAGAUCUAGGAUGUGCUAUUUUUGUGUUCCCUUUAUUUUUUUGAGCAGUGUAUAUUGCAGCCAUGUUGCCUCUAUGGGCACACACACACAAAUACACACACAAAUAUACACACAUAUUGAUACAUGCACACAUAUAUACAAUGUGAUAGACACCGAUUGUUUACAUUUCUGACUGACUGGGUCUGGCAUUGUGAAUCUGUGUAUAUGCCCGAGAGCAUAUGGCGCAAAACAUUGCAUGAAAUGUAUAAAAGAAAUGUGAUGGGCAGAUUGUGGAUUCUAUUCAGAAGCUUUGAAAGUAGAGAGUUGUGGAACAUGGUUUAUGUCUCUUUAAUGAAAGUAGUUUUGAGAGAAUCAUUAAAGAUGGGGAGUUCAAAUCAUUUAACCCCUUAAGGACACAUGACAUGUGUGACAUCUCAUGAUUCCCUUUUAUUCCAGAAGCUUGGUCCUUAAGGGGUUAAAGGACUGGAGGAAGAUGAUGAUCUAAAACAGAAGAAUUAACUUGAGUUGUUGUGGCAUAAUAAUUGGGAAAUGGUUCAAAUCAAGCAGUAUUUUUAAGGUGAAGGUAGUAGGAUGGGGUGAGGGAUCGACAAUAUGGUGGCAGAGUUGCGAUAACAUGUAAUCAAUGGUGUAAAAAGAAAGAUAGUAGGCGCUCACUAUAGUAUGACACAGGAUGAAAAUGGGCUGCAGAAACUAAUACAAGGAUUCCCAAACCUUGUGGAUAGUGAGAAUUGGAAAAAUAGAGAGAAACCUCGCCCAAAGAUUAUGUACAGAAAUUAAUACGUACAGAGGUCUUUUAAGACUGUAUACACAUUUGACCUAAAAAAUAAAGAACAGCAACAUGAUAAUAGUGCAUUACAGUAUGUACAAUGAAUAAAUGGUGUGUGAUUUUAUGUUAUUUUACUCACAUUUGGUUGAGCUAAUUCAGAGCUCAGCUGUUAUAACGCAUGGACGGAACAAUCCCGUCUAAGGAUAUGUGAUGGUGUAGGUGUCGCAAAUGGCUCAAAUGAAGUGCAGUUUGCAGGACAUAUAUAGUAAAUACAAAAAAGAUACUCCAAUGGUGAAGUAAGUACUAGUGAAUAUAACGUGAAAAAAUAAAGUAAUGUACUCACAUUUACCAGAGCAGAACUUGCUCAAGUAUAUACAGCAUGGGUGGUAUAAUCCCCACCUAGGAAUAGGAUGAUGCCAGGAAGUAGUAGAUGGAAAAAUAAAAGUAUAACAGUUUAUACUUUUAUUUUUCCAUCUACUACUUCCUGGCAUCAUCCUAUUCCUAGGUGGGGAUUAUAUCACCUAUGCUGUAUAUACUUGAGCAAGUUCUGCUCUGGCAAACGCUGGUACUCAUCAAGUGUCCAAGGUACAACUGUUGCGGUCCAAAGCUGAACCCAGAGGGGCUGCAGGGGCUCCUGACCAGGUCUUUGGCUUGGACCAGCCUGCUAGCAUCAUGACUUGGGGACCUGCCAUAUACCUCCCUGCUGCAGGACUGUGCUCUGCCCAUGGAGGGCAUAGGAUGAACUCUGCUCAUGGACUGGGCACUGAAAGGCUUAUGGCUGCUCACCUUUUGCCUCUUAUUAAAACUCAGUGAGGGACUUACCUGUCCUAUAAUUUAACGCAAAGAGCAUUUCCCAAACUACUUCUUUCUGCUUCUGUCUUGCAUUGCCUUUCAUCCCACUAACUUCGGGGCCUCCUAAGGAGCUAAAUCUCAGAAGGUACUCGUUGUUAACCCUUCUAUUAUGAACCACCUUAUUGUCAUCACUCUUAUGCACAUAGCCAGUUUACUUAAUGCUAUAACGACUUUUUUAGACUGUGCAAACUCUCUCCUUUGUUCUCAAAACAGUGGUUAUUUUAUGUGCCUUACAAAUGAAUUGUCCUGUAUAAUGCUGAUCCUGUACUUGCUGUUGGGGCAUUGCAGGAACUUCUGUUAAUCUCAUGCACAACAAAGAAUUAUAAAAAAAAAUAUGAGAAAAAUAAAACAUAUUGAGGUGGGAUUAAAAAACUGAGUAUCACUUAAAUGUAUGCUAUAACAUUGUUCAAAACAAGAUGUAGAGUUUGCUUUCACAUACUUUGCAAGUGCCCAUAUUUAGGAGGGGCAGCCUCUAGUUUGGGCUCAAAUCCCUCUGCUCCUCUUUUCUAGGAGCCCCAUAUUGUUGGUGUGUCUAAGUCUAUAGCAGAGCUCCACAGUAAUAAUACUCCCAGUAAUGUUUCUAAACUACUAUAAAUGUGUUUAGAAAACAGUCUGUGUAAAUAAGAUGCAUUGUUCUUGUUCUAAAUUACAUUUUACUUCCAUAAAUUGUGAUUAGUAAGUCUCAUAAAAUUUCCCAGAACAGCCCCGCUCCUGGCCACACCCCCAAUCACACCCCUAAACUAAAGUGUCCCUCUUUGUCCAUUUGAAAUGUUGGGAGGUACAAAGAAAAUGGUAAGUUGCCAGAGAAGGAGGCAUGGAACGAACAUUUGUAUUUGCACAUAUUGAUAGCAUAGGCAUAUUGAAAGCAUUCUAGUAGGCUGAGAGAGGUUAAUUAGGUAUGUCAGUGAUUAUAGUACCAGUACCUGUAUAGUUCCAGUACCAGGAGUGUUAAAGUAGAAUUAAUGAGAUGGACGAUAGCCUAGUGUCACAGUGCAAGCAGGAGAAAUAUGUUACUCUUACUGAUUGACUUAGGAGCGUGUGUGAAUGUCAUGUGUGCCAAUAAAAGACAGGGAAUGAUUUGAAAUAAUGAAUUAGGAGUGAGUUAAAGCUACAGGCGGAUAAAGAAUAGUUGAAAGUGGUGAAGUUAUGCUGAAGCUUGGAUAGUUUACAGAAGCAGAAUUGUUUUGUAAAAUGAGAAAGCAGUGUUGUAGGAUCAGAGCAUAAUCAUCAUUGAAGGUUUAGUAUUGAUUUGGUAUAUCUUUGCUAACUAGAACUGUUACCUGUGGCAAUUUUGACACGGUCUGGAAAUCUGAGAGAUUCUGAGGUCUGCUAUGUUCGUGAAUCUAUAUAUUCAUAAAUAUGAGAGAUACAAGAGGUAUUUUUAGUGAUAUAUGUUACAAGGAAUCCAUUUUUCUGUAAUGAUUCCAAAAUAUUUGUGUGAAGCAGAUUUAGUGUCUGUAUUUCACAAGGGAUUCAAAUCUAAGCAUGGAAAUUAGAGACCUGUUGAUUACCUCCCAAACUUUCAAAUGUACAAAGAGGGACACUUUAAUUUUUGGGGUGUGAGUGGGGUCUGUCCAGGCACAGGGCUGUUUGGAGAAAUUUCUGGUGACUAAAUUAAUAACAAUUUAUGCAACUAAAAUGUAAUUUAGACCAAGAACAAUGUAUCUUAUUCACACAGACUGACUUCCAAAACACAUUUAUUGUAGUUUAAAAACAUAUUACUAUGAGUAUUAUUCCUGUGGAGCUCUGUAAUACACUCAGACACAUCAACAAUAUGGAGCUCCUAGAAAAGAGGGAUAUUAGGAUCGCAAACAGGGAUCGGGUUAAAAAUAGGGACUGUCCCUCCAAAAUAAAGACACUUGUAAGGUAUGCUGUUAGCUUGAUAUGUCUUGUGCAGAAAUAUUUGAAGGGCUUAUGAGGGAUAUAUUUUGAACAGUGACGUCAAUAGUGGUCGACAUGGAUUUGUGAAGGACAGAUUAUGUUGACCUAUCAGAUACGCAUUCUGUGGUGCUACAAGUAAGUGUAUGGAUCAGCAGAAUGAAAUGUACUUACAUUUUAUCAAACAUUUGGUACAGUUCCAUGUGGAAGAUCCAUGUCCUCACUUAGAGAGAUAAAGUUAGUGAGAUAAGUUUGUUUCUAGAUUGAAAACUAGCAUAAUGAAUUGCUGCCACCAUAAAAUGUUCACCAUGGGUGAAAUCUGUAAACACACUCAUGCAUACACGUAUAUAUUGAUAAAAGGGAAUUUUGCCUACAGCAGAAUUAUUUUACUGAUAAAACAAUAAAUAUAUGGAACUCACUGAACUUCAUGCAUGUCUGUGACUGGUGGUGAAAGGGUUAAAAAUCAAUAUCUGUCUGCACUAGACUAAAAACAGGUGAAAAAAGGUGCAUGGCAAACGUUAGGCAUGACUUUAGGAAUUCUAGGUUGAUGACAACUCCCAUCUCACCUUUUGGACUAAUUAAACACCAAUCUGUAUAAAGAAGUUUAUAAAAAUCCUUCAGCUCUCGCCAGUGGUGAUGCAGGGUCAUGGUAAUCUUCAUGAGAUACAGGCUGGUGGAGAACUUUGGUCUUUUUCAGGCUGACUUUUAAUUUUAACAGCCAAAAUCAACAAAGAGAUAGAUAGCAGACUGGCAAAGUCAAACAGAGCAUUCAGCAGACUGUAUAAGAGAGUCUGGAACAACAAGUAUCCAAAGAGAGGCACAAAGAUCAGUUUGUUCAGAACUGUUGAACUGAAGACUCCUGUACAGUUUUGAGUCAUGGGCUACCUACAGCCACACCUACUUUCACAAGCGCUGCCUCAGCACAAUCCUUAACAUUCAUUGGAAUGACUUAAUCACCAACAUCGAAGUUCUCAAACAGGCAGAGACCACCAGCAUCAAGGCAAUGCUUUUGAAGUCCAAGCUGUGCGGGGCAUGUCUCCAGGAUGGCAGAUCAUCAUCUACCUAAGGUUGUGCUGUAUGGUAAACUCGCCACUGUUCACUGUGACAGAGGAGCACCAAAGAAGAGAUACAAGGACCAGGAGAUCGGGUACCAUCUCUCCAACAAUGGAUAGCGAAGGUAGAGCAGAAUUAAGCUAUGGAAUCCCUGACUGCGACACGUAAAGGUACCACAGACAGGUGCACGCAGACUUGGAUACCGUGGCUUGAUUUUUAUAUCACAACUAUUGACCCUUAACUGAACGACUUAUGUCCCUUCCUCCACAGCUGCACAUUAGAGAGACCUUAUCUCAAUUACUAACCAUUAACCAAAUAUUGUUAGGUCAUCCAGCAGUCACGUGCCUUAAAGCACUGAGUCAUAGCAUUGGGAGAAGGGAGAAAUAUAGACAUGGAUUCAUCGAGACACAUGUUGGCAAGCUCAGUGGCAUAGCAGUAAAGGCUUGUUAUCAUCCUAGCAUGAAGAAUGUAAUAUUAUUGCUCUGUCACGUUUUUGCUCUACACUGAAUUGUUUAUUUUCUUACUCUAUGUCACAAACAUCUUCAAAAUAACGAUUGUCAAAAAAAAAAGAGGAGCAGUGUAGAAAGAUUAAAAUGCAACAUAACACUACUACUCGAUACUUAUUCAUAUGUAUAUUCUUCUUUCUUCUGGUAAAAUAGGCUUGACUUGUAUCAUGUACAUGCAUAUUCUGUGUCACAUCAAAAUAUAACGCAGUCAGACUUUCCAGGAUUUUCUUAUAAAACAGAUUUGUUCUUUUUGCUUUGUAAAUAAAAAGUCAGUUUUUACAAUAUCACUGAUGUUAAAGGACCACUAUAGUGCCAUGAAAACAAACUCAUUUUCCUGGCACUAUAAUGUUAAUAGGUCUCACCCUCCCCUCCACCCUCAUGUCCCCCGUCCCGCCGUGCUCUAGGGGGAGGAAGGGAUUAAAUCACUUACCUUUCUCCAGCACCGGGCUCCCUCAACGCUGGGGACUCUCCUCCCUCUUCUGAGCGCACAUUCAGUCAAUCCAUAGGAAAGCAUUCUCAAUGCUUUCCUAUGGACGUCCAGCGUAUUCUCACUGUGAUUUUCACAGUGAGAAGCGCGGAAGCGCCUCUAGCGGCUGUCAAUGAGACAGCCACUAGAGGCUGGAUUAACCCUAUGUAAACUGCUAUGUUUACAGCAGGCAAGGUUAACCCGAGAUGGACCUGGCACCCAGACCACUUCAUUGAGCUGAAGUGGUCUGGGUGCCUAUGGUGGUCCUUUAAAUUUGAUGUUAAACAGCUGAUAGUACAUGCUAGACAUUAGGAGUGUGGAGACACUCUGCCUUUGAUGUCCCGUGUCUCAUUGUGUUCCUCUUACACAAAUAAUACAUUUUAUAUAUACACCACCAUAGUGGGUGUGCAAGCAUUACAGAGUCAAUGCAAUUCAUACAAUAUUCUUGCUGACAAUUCUAAUAACCUUUUUGGUAAUCCCAUGCUUCAUGCUCCAUGGACAUUUGGAAAUAGAAAAAUCUUGUAUUAUCUUUUGUUAUCAUCUGCUCAUAUAAUUCAAAAUCAACCAUGCCUCAGUGUGAAAUGCAUGUGAAAAAAAAAUCCAAAAAGUAGAAUAUUCUACAAUCAGUAAAACAAUCUAUAUUUAUAUAUUUACUAAAAAUAUCAUGUAAAAAUAUAGAUUUAUUUUUUUUUACGAUCCAUUUUUUUCUCCCCUCUGUUGCUCACUUCUCACUUAAUAUGCAAAUAAAAUCAACAUUAAAUGACUGUACCUGAGCCAUCAAUGAUGGUUUUUCCAAUCAAUCAUCUCUUAUUUUGGUGCUACGGCCAGAAUUCAGAAUCAUGACCCAAACUAAACAUGUUCAGCAUUGUGUGUUUCGGGUGGUCUGUGAUUUGGGUACAUUUUUGUUUUCCUGGCACUAGAGAAUUCCUUUAAAUGAGCUGAACACUAUUAUAAACUUGCUGACAUAGGGAAGAUUUGUUUUAUGUAAUUUUAUCUAAAUUAUGAUACAGUUUAUUUACUAAACAGGGAAUUUUGUUAAACUUAAAACCAUAGGUGUGUGCACGGGGUAUGCUGGGUGUGUCUGGGCACACCCUAAUCCCUGCGGCAUGCCUGUGAGUCCUGCAGGAACACCGUUCCCGCUGUUCCUACAGGCACUCUGCUGCCCCCAAAUGCCAUCUCCCUCCCCCCCAGUGUUUCCCCUGUCAUGGGGGGGGCAGAGGUGAUGGACACCCUCCCAGUCGGGCUCCUAUUUCCAUACAACAAGCGGCGAGUGAGCUGUGUCCUCUCUGCUUCCUCUCGCCGCGCGCCAUUUUGCUGACGUCAUAUUCCGGCUCCCAGCUACAGCAGACAGCCCGCGCAGCAAGAGGAAGCAGAGUGGACACAGCUCCCUCGCCGCGUCUGAGAUGGAGACAGACGUCCGACCCACUGCACCCCAGUGAAAACACGAGUGUAUUUAAUUUUUGGGGGUGGGAAUCUUGGGAGAGUUCCCACACUUUAUUCCCCAGGACUUGACCCCUGCCGGCAGGGGAGAUCUCUGGAUCUUCCCUGUCGGCUUAUGCAGAGCUGUCGCUAUCUGAGUGCCGGCUCUGCUCUAAGCCUCCAUGGGCCGGCGGGGAGAUCAAAGAUCUACCUCACCAGCCCACAGCAGCAUGGAGGGAGGCAGGAGAGGACCCGGGGAGUUCUAGACAGAAGCUCCGCCAGGUUCCUCUCGCGAGAUCUGAGCGUUGCCGUGGCAAUGCUCAGAUCUCACGAGAGUGAACUCUAGCCCCGCAGGCUAGAGUUCACUCUCCCUUGGACAGCAAGGAUCCCGCCUCCCUGCAUAAGGAUCCCCCUUCCCUACUGGGGUUGUUUACUAAUCUGCCCCCACCUUCACAAUCCUUCCAAACAUACAACACACACACACAUACAGCACCCACACACACACAGCACCCUAACACAAACAACGCGCACACACAGCACCCUCACAUACACAGCACACAAACAGCACCCUCACACACACAGCACACAAACAGCACCCUCACAAACACACACAACACCCUUACAAACACACAACACCCUCACACACAGCACACUAACAGCACCCUCACAAAUACAUGACACAAACAGCACCCUCACACACAUAUCACACAAACAGCACCCUCACACACACAGCAAACUAACAGGACCCUAACACACAUACACAAACACCCUCACACAAAGCACACUACCAGCACCCUCACACACAGCAUACAAACAGCACCCUCACACACAAACCGGACCCUCACCCACAGAGCACACUACCAACACCCUCACACACACAUCACACUAACAGUACCCUCACACACACACACAGCACCCUUACACACACAGCACCCUCACACAGCGCACUAACAGCACACACACACACAAAUAGCAGUAUAUGUAUGUGUGUGUAUGUAUGUAUAUAUAUAUAUAUAUAUAUAUACAUGCGGCUAGUGUUUGUGCUUUAGGGCACGCCUAUGCUUAAAACUGAACUGCCAUUUUCCAAUAAAAAUAGAUACAUUUUCAAAUAUCUUUUUUAUGUCUUAACUUUUCUAUAAUUCAUUACUGUGAAAAAAAAACUCUGCUACUAUUAUCAAUUACUAGGUUAGUAUUAGUCAGUGUGGACAUGUGCCUCGUUUUCUAAACAGUUAAUGGUCUCUGGAGUGUUUCAGCUAAACGUUUAAAAAAAAGCACAGUUCAGAUAACUGAGUAAAAUCUACACAUUCACAUAAUUCAUAAAAAAAAAUAACUGUCAAUGUAGUAAUGUGAUUUUUUUUUUUGAUUUUUUUUUUACAUUUAUGUUCUUUUCUUUUAUUAUUGGGACCCAAUUUUAAUCUUCAUACUGGAUACCAGGGACUCAUGAUGCCUGACCCAGUCAAGUUUAUGGUUUCUUCAAAUUCUACUUAGAUUUUUAAAUCAUCCUCACUCCAACUAGUGCAUUGCAGUAUCCAGCUACAGAGGAGUUAAUCAGGGGACAUUGUCUCUUAUAAUCGUGAUAGGAACGUGUGAUCUCUAUGAGAGGUAUACUCAUAUGUAUAGGACUUGUCAUUGAAGUUGUUUAGAUGUUCCAGUUGAUAUACAUUAAGGGACACAAUCAUCUUGGCACAAAGGAGGUUUUUAUGUAUGGAUUUCCAAUGAUGUACUUCACUUGUGCUUAUUGAGAAAGAUCAUUACAGUUUAAUUAUCUCAGCACAUGUGACAUCUAAUUUUCUCCUGGUGUUUUGUAAAGGUCCUUGAGAUAGUAUUUGAUGAAGAAGCAAGCUUCGCACAUUCUCUUGGGCUCCUAACAGCACACAUGUAUGAAUGAUUGUGUCAAAACUAUUUUAGGCAGCAGAUCAAUAGCAAUUUGAGGAUAGUUGUAUAGAUCUUGUUACAAUUUGCUUAAGGCACAUUAAGCACCCCACACAAGUUGCCCUUGAUUUAAUGUUAUUGAUCAGAUGUGAGGAACAGUCGUACGUAUCAUGGCUAGAAUAUUUAUCAUUUCUCUCAGACCUGUGUUGUGUACUUCUUUAUUUGUCUGUCUGUCUAUCUCUCUGCCUGUCUAUUUGAAUAUCUAACUUUAUAAACAAUCGUAUCAACCGUACAAUUACUUACAUAUCAUGGCUAUACUAUUACUUAGUGAACAUGGUUAGAAUAUUGCGUUGUGUACUGAUUAUAUAUAUAUAUGUAUAUGUAAGCAAUUGUAUCAACUAUACUAUAUUUAAUAUAGGCAAUAUUAAGCACUCGAUAUUGAGAAAGUGACUUUUGGGGGUCUACAAUGCUUUCCUUAGCACAUACCACUGUCAUUUUUCACUUAUUUGCCCUAUUCUGAACUUUCAUCUUUUUUUACUUCAAGUCUGCCUCUCACCCUUUUCUCCUCAGGCCGUAACAUUUUUUUAUUCCCUUCUGCUCCCCCUACUUAUCCCCAUCUUUUAUUUCAUACCUAAUCUUCUGCUAUUCUAUUCCUUAACCCAAAAGGCUGCAUCGUGUCACUUUAUGUGCAGACAGUACACAUUAUGCCAGUCGUAUAUGGACAAUGGGAGGAUACUGAAGGAGAAAGUCACUGAGUAAAUUUCUUUCUUUGGCUUAUAAAGUCCAACGCCCACAGCAUAGCUCAAAAAGGGUUUGAUUGAAAAAUAAGGGGGAGGGGGUUAAAGAACCCCUGCAUUAAGCUUUAUUGUUAAUGAUUCUUAGAGUAUACCUUUAAUUACCACACAUAGAUGUUCCUCUCCUGCCCAUGUUACUGUAAAGAUGUGGUGCAAACUGGAUUUCUUACCAUAUUACUUAAAGGGACACCAUAUGUAUCCUGUCACUUCAUUUCAUUGAAGUGUUCUGGGUGCAUUGUCCCUGUCCCCUUUAGAGAAACUGCAAUGUUUACAAUCCAGUAGAAAGACUGCCUCUAGUGGCUGUCUAUCAGACAGCCAGUAGAGGCGCUUCCUGGAGCUUCAUAAAGUUCAGCUCUGCGAAGUGACUCUGGGUGUCCUCAUCCUCUGCUUGAGGACAUCCACUGUCAAGGAAAAUCUCUGCAUGUGCAUUAGGUCCCCCACGUCAGCUGCCAUCAGAGGAGGCAGAGCAUGAGCCAGCACCAAACACUGUCACUGGAAUCGGUAAGUGUAUAAAUUGAUAUUUAUAUCAUUGGGAGAGCCAUGGAGGCAGAGGAACACUCUAGUGUUAGGAAUACAUCUUUGCAUUCCUUUAAGAAAUGUAGUUCCCAAAUAUGUGGUUGCCAAUAUUCCUUAAGGGAGCACCCAUCUUGAUCUGAUGUAUAUAUAAGUUCCUUCCCAUUAGCUUAGUCCACACAUUUGUCGAAAGCUGAAGUAUCUUGCCAGAUUGAAAAUAAAGGUGUGACAAGAAGCAAAGUGGCCUAAAAGUUGAAUUUCAACAGCAGUUCCCAGCAAUUCACACUGCAGAAGUAAAGUGUAGCUUAUGAUACUUGUGUUUUGUUACAAUUAAACUAAUGUACUUACUGAGCUUUUCAUCUUUUACGAAAUGUAAAAUCUGCAUGCAAACCUCACAGCACACAUUGCUAUAUAGCAGGGAUUUACUAGUAAUUAUUAUUACGUUUGUUUAGCUAAUUGUAAUUUAUUACUCAAAUACUGAACUGUUAUUACAUUUAACAUUUUACACUUAAAUACAUAGUUUAAGAUCUAUUUGAGCACAUUGACUGAUAUAUAGUCAGAAAAUAUUAUAAUUUCGGCUUUAAAAUGCAAAAAAAUAUAUACAAUAAAAUUAUCAUGUUCUAUACGCAGUUCAAUGUUUGCGAUUUUUUAAGCCAUAUUUCUUUAGUACAUCCCUAGUACACACACUCUGAGUGUUUAUUUAAGAUCUUAUUUUCUACUUUCUUCUCAUAGACUGAUGUAUAGAUAUGCGUUUUAAGAACCCAGAAUGAAACGACAAAGGCAAACAAGACAAUCUAAUUAGUGCUAUUCUUAAAAUUGCGAUUAAAUUAUCUUCAUAUAGGGUAUUAUCAGCUAGCUUCUAUAUUUAAAGUUUGUUAACAGGACAUUUUUACAUAAAGGAAAUUAUCAACAGUUUAUUGAAUGGUGCCCUGAAUUUUCCUUUCUUGAUGACAAUAUCCUAAAUGUUAUAAUGUUUUUUUCAAUGUAACAAUAUUUAAUAUUAUACUUUCUACAAUUCCUAAUUUUUUUUAUAUUUUAAAUUCAGAGUUCCACGUUUGUUAAUUUGGGGUAAAAAAAAAACGUUUCUUACAUUUCAUUUCUAAUGUUUUUAAUUUCUAUUGUUCUCUAUUCCUCCUUCCUUCUGUUCAAUUGAGUCAAGAAUAAAACAAUAAAAAAUAUUAAAAUGUUUCAAGAAAAGAACAGAGUAUAAAAUUGUGCAAUAAAAUCCGAGGCUUCUUCUUCAUAUUUAUUGCAAUCCUAUUGUACUACAUUCAUGUUUAUAAACAUUGCAAUAAUUACAAUAUUGUACAUCAACAUGUUUAUGUUUUAAUAAAUAAUCCCAGCAUAGGGCUGAAUUAGUACUGGUGUAAUUUUAUUAAUACCAGUCAUGAAAUGUGCUCCAACACUGUUUUAAUUCAUUCACUUUAGUACUGUUCUUACAUAGUACAUUCUAUUAAACUAUCAUUUUAACAAUGGAGUGUGUUGAAAUAUUGUGCUAAAUAAUAAACUCUGGCUCUCUCCCCAUAUAAUAAAUCAUUCAAGCAUUUUUUUUGCCCAGUUUAGCGCAUUGUAAUAAAUUAUUAAAUCCAGCUCUGUGUCCACUCUUUUAUUAUAUUGUAAAAUAUCAUUCAGACGCUGCACUGCCGCUGUACAUACCAGGAAUUAAUUCUAACACUGCGCUAUUAUUAUAUGUUGCCAUAAAUCAUUCUAGGACGUUUGCUGGUUUAGACUAUUAAAUAAUGAGUUCUAGCGCUGCUCCAUGUUAUUAAAUUCUGAUAGAUAGUCAGGACACAUUGUUAGUAUAAUAUAUAGUAUGAAACCUAGAAUGAGGAGUGCUGGUACCCUGCUCUUAGUAAUUACAACGAGAAUGGAUCAGAAUUUCAUUAGGACUAUGUAACAAAUAAUUCACUGCAAUGUCUUAUUACGUUCCAAUAAACACUAAGGAAAAUUCUACUUUUUUCGUUGCAGUGCAAUGAAUGCUGCGAUAUAUCGAUUCAUGAUAUUAUACGACUAAUAAUUAUUAAUAUGACAUGAUAAUAAUACAAUCGUUCUGGAAGAAUACCUAAUCCUUACACUGUAACAAUGUACACAUAAGAGACGUGGUGGAGAAAAUGAUUUAUUAAAGUACCAUUAUAGACACCCAGACCACUUCAGCUCAAUGAAGUUGUCUGGGUGCCCGAUCCAUCUAGGAUUAACCCUGCAGCUGUAAACAGAGCAGUUUCAGAGAAACUGCAAUGUUUACUUUAGGGUUAAUUCAGCCUCUAGUGGCUGUCUCAUUGACAGCCGCUAGAGGCGCUUCUGCGCUUCUCACUGUGAUUUUCACAGUGAGAAGAUGCCAGCGUCCAUAGGAAAGCAUUGAGAAUGCUUUCCUAUGGACUGGCUGAAUGCGCACGCUGUUCUUGCCGCGCAUUCGCAUUCAGCUGAUGACAUCAGAAGAGGGCGGGAGCCCGGCGCUGGAGAAAGGUAAGUGUUUAACCCCCUUCAGCCCCUCAGGGCACUAUAGUGCCAGGAAAACAAGUUUUUUUUUCCUGGCACUAUAGUGGUCCUUUAAAUGUAGGAGAUGUGGGCACAAUAUGUGUGAUAAAUGUACUUAUUUGUUUGUCAUAAAAUGUUGUUCUGUUUAGAAUAUGUCUCCAUAUGCAGAACCCAAUCAGAUGACUACUUUAAUGGGCACUCUAAUUUUAGAAAUAGAAACUUGCAUUUCUAACGUUAGAGUGAUGUUGGGGCUUUAUAUUUAUGUACCCCUAAAAUAGUUUAAUACCAAGUUUUACUCACCUUAUAUCCCCUGCCACACAGGUUUUGCCCUUGCUGCCUUUCUGCCCUGGCUGAGAUCAUAAGUAAUCUCAGCCAAUUCAUUGUUUCUCCAUAAGGAAUCAUUGGGGGGCUACUACACAGGUGCGGACGUUGCCGUGCUGCGUUAGUCAGCAUAUUCUGAUAUGGGAGGCAUUUGGCAUCUUCACUGUAACGGAUCGCCUGGCACCCCGACUGGGUACCUCCAUUGAAGGAUGCUCCUAGCGCUUCCUGAGGAGUCCAAGCACUCUGGCAGACACCACAAUCACCGAACCGGAGAAACAAAUAAAUUCUCCAAAGCAUGCUGUAGACAGUUGAAUAGGAACCAUACGAAUAGGUUUACUCUCCUAGCAGUCAAACUGGAACAGCAUACAAUAAAUCCUUCCCCCAAUAAUGAGACGACACUUCACUUUGAGGGUUAAAACAGGAACUCAAGUGCUGGCACACCCAGCCUGGUUUUUAUUACAAUCCACAAAACAUAGUACUGCCCACAGGGUUUUGCAGAACCACCAAUAAAUACAUUACAACACAUACAAUGCAAGUACAGCAGCCAAUCAGACACAAUGGGAAAAUAGAAACACACCCAGCAUAUUCCUCCCCUCUGCUUAGGAGAUAAUUGAGUCAAUUACUGUAUCUACUCAAUUAUCUCCAAGCUGAAAAGUUACUUUUUGUACAUUUUUAUAACUUUGUGAGUUAACAUCGCACAUACAUAAAACUUAUAUUAUUUUAACCAGUAUAACUUGGGGACAAACAUAUCCAAAAUUCACUUGAAUAGGUUCAGGGGUUUAACGGUUAGGUCGAAGUCCUUUGUUUUUACUUGCAAGCAUGAUUUUUCCUGGCAAACCAGUUCCCACUGGUUUGGCAGUGUCCCUGGGACAACACCCUGCUAGAGAACAAUGGAUCCGGGGGAGGGGAAGAGGAAGUGUCCAAAAAGUUUCAGUAAGUCCAUUCACUGUGCUUAAAGAGCCAGUAGCCGCACAAUAAAAUACAAUAUGCCCAAAUAUUGCAUUCAAAAGUACAACUUUACCAGGGGCCAUAGUCAGCAGGAAGGAGGCGGGCAGCCAGGCCUCUCCAAUGCCAGGUGGCGAGGCGGGUUCCGCCACAUUUCUCCCCUUUCCCAUUGAGACUAUCCAGACUCCAGACCUUCAAUCGGUCUGGGGCUCUGAUAGUCGGUCGGCCUUUCUCCCCCAGUGUAGCUGUCCCGGUGUUCUCCUGCCACAUGUGUCCAGUUGGAAAUCCAUAGUCUGGUGGAAAGGUAACCAGGGUGCUCUCUCUCCUGGUUGGACAAAGCUGUUGCUGGGGAGAAGGGGUAACAGGCUCCUCUCCCUGCGACUACCUCUCUUGUAGUAGGGGAAAACAAACUGCCUUCUCUUCCAAUACAUUGUCCUGUUGCUGGGGGCCAGGACAGACUGUCCAUAUCUCCAGUGGUGCAGGUGCAGAGACUACGGUCCCUUCUGCACUGUUGUGGGGCUUACUGUCUCCCCUUGGUGGGCUAGGCUGCCGCUGGGGAGGGGAAACGAGACUCUCCCCACCCGGUAAAAUAUUCUGUCGCUGGGGAGCAGGACUGACCAUCCGUACUCCCUGUAGAUUGGGCGCAGAGACCACGGUCCCAUCUGCGCUGGUGAGGGGCUUCGUGUCUCCCCUUGGUGGUUUAUGCUGCCGCUGGGGAGAGGAGGUAACAAACUCCUCUCCCUUACACACUUCCAGCCGCUGGGGAGCAGGGCUGACCCUCCGUACUCCCUGUAGCUUGGGCGCAGAGACCACGGUCCCAUCUGCGCUGGUGAGGGGCUUAGUGUCUCCCCUUGGUGGGCUAGGCUGCCGCUGGGGAGAGGGGGUAACAAACUCCUCUCCCUUACACACUUCCAGCCGCUGGGGAGCAGGGCUGACCCUCCGUACUCCCUGUAGCUUGGGCGCAGAGACCACGGUCCCAUCUGCGCUGGUGAGGGGCUUAGUGUUUCCCCUUGGUGGGCUAGGCUGCCGCUGGGGAGGGGGAAAGACACUCUCCCCUCCCGGUAAAAUAUUCUGCCGCUGGGGAGCAGGACUGAUCCUCCGUACUCCCUGUAGCUUGGGCGCAGAGACCACGGUCCCAUCUGCGCUGGUGAGGGGUUUAGUGUCUCCCCUUGGUGGGCUAUGCUUCUGCUGGGGAGAGGGGGUAACAAGCUCCUCUCCCUGAACCAUAGACUGCCGCUGGGGAGAGGGGGUAACAAGCUCCUCUCCCUGACGCUCUCUCUCUUUCGUCCGCUGGAAUUCUCGGUCCAGCCUUGUGUUUCGCUCGGCCAUGACCUGGUUCCAGAUCACCCGGCGUGUCUCCAUGGGUACAUCAUCCCCAUACUGGGCCACUCGCUGCCUUAUUUCGGCCAGCCAAUUAUCUCCAGACCCUUCCAUACUGGUCUGCUGGUGAAGAGGGGGACCAUCUGUCUCCCCUUUCAAUAUAUUGUCCUGCUGCUGGGGAGGAAGGACGGCACCUUCUGCUCCCUGGGGUACACACUGCCGCUGGGGAGGAAGAACGGCACAUUCAGCUCCCUGGGGUACACACUGCCACUGGGGAGGAAGGACGACACCUUCUGCUCCCUGGGAUACACACUGCUGUUGGGGAUCUGGGCCGACUGCCCAGCAUCCCUGUAGGGCCGGUAGAGAGACAGCCGUCCCAUCUCUACCUGCCAUCGGUGGGUCUUCCCAGGACCAGUCUAUGAGGUCCCCUACUUCUGCAACUGGUAGUGAAGCAGUGGGGAUCUCGGCUGCGUUUUCCCAGCUGUAGGUUGGCAGGUCUGGGUCCGCCACCCAGUUUUCCUGUUCUGCGUCUAUGCUCUGCGGCUGACAUGAGUUCAGAAGUUCCACAUAGUCCAUCUCUAGCUGUCGUUCCAUGGCAGCCAAACGGUUGAGGUCUUGUCCCAGUCCCAUAGAUCUCGGGCCCUGUACCAUCUCACCCCGGUAAUAAAAGAUAGCCCAGUACCGUGACUCUGCUGGACUGCCAAAGUCGACGUCUUCUGCUAAGGCCUUCCACAACAGGCCAGGGCUAGUGUAGUUCUCCCCCUCCGGCUGGAUGCCCUUUGCCCUCCACGUCUCUGGCUGGACAGUGCACCACCACAGUGCCCGGUAUGAGGCGUCAAGGCUCAGUUCCCUUUCCACGAGGUACUCAAGUUGUCUGACCUGCUGCCCUCCGGGUUGGUCUCCCAGAAGCGGCAUCCGCCAGGCCAUUUGUUCCUCCAACCGGUAUGCGACACCAGGAAGGCGCUGCUGCCGUUGAUACUGGACUUCCUCCAGGGCAUCGUACCAUAGUUCUUGCCGGGCAAUAUCUCUCCAUUCCAAUUCACUCUCUUCCUCAGGUGUGCGUGUUGCCCAAGGAUCCACGAACCCCAUUUUCCCAAAUCUUUAUGUAGACAGGGAAGCUGUAUAAACACUAGCGUCGCCUUCAAUUUGUAAAUCCAAACGAACUGUGUCUCUGAGCUGCUUUACCUCGCACUAGGACGCCAUCCCACCGCUUGCCACCAAUGUAACGGAUCGCCUGGCACCCCGACUGGGUACCUCCGUUGAAGGAUGCUCCUAGCGCUUCCUGAGGACUCCAAGCACUCUGGCAGACACCACAAUCACCGAACCGGAGAAACAAAUAAAUUCUCCAAAGCAUAUGAAUGCUGUAGACAGUUGAAUAGGAACCAUACGAAUAGGUUUACUCUCCUAGCAGUCAAACUGGAACAGCAUACAAUAAAUCCUUCCCCCAAUAAUGAGACGACACUUCACUUUGAGGGUUAAAACAGGAACUCAAGUGCUGGCACACCCAGCCUGGUUUUUAUUACAAUCCACAAAACAUAGUACUGCCCACAGGGUUUUGCAGAACCACCAAUAAACACAUUACAACACAUACAAUGCAAGUACAGCAGCCAAUCAGACACAAUGGGAAAAUAGAAACACACCCAGCAUAUUCCUCCCCUCUGCUUAGGAGAUAAUUGAGUCAAUUACUGUAUCUACUCAAUUAUCUCCAAGCUGAAAAGUUACUUUUUGUACAUUUUUAUAACUUUGUGAGUUAACAUUGCACAUACAUAAAACAUAUUAUUUUAACCAGUAUAACUUGGGGACAAACAUAUCCAAAAUUCACUUGAAUAGGUUCAGGGGUUUAACGGUUAGGUCGAAGUCCUUUGUUUUUACUUGCAAGCAUGAUUUUUCCUGGCAAACCAGUUCCCACUGGUUUGGCAGUGUCCCUGGGACAACACCCUGCUAGAGAACAAUGGAUCCGGGGGAGGGGAAGAGGAAGUGUCCAAAAAGUUUCAGUAAGUCCAUUCACUGUGCUUAAAGAGCCAGUAGCUGCACAAUAAAAUACAAUAUGCCCAAAUAUUGCAUUCAAAAGUACAACUUUAUCAGGGGCCAUAGUCAGCAGGAAGGAGGCGGGCAGCCAGGCCUCUCCAAUGCCAGGUGGCGAGGCGGGUUCCGCCACAUUCACACACAGUAAAAGGCAGCAAAUGUCAAUAUCACAAUGAUUGCAAGACCAGAACAGUGGCUGUCUGAGGUCUUGAGGACCACUAGUGAGUCACUAGAGUGACUGAUUGAUUGAUGGUCUGCGUGGCAGCCACUCUUGUAGCUCAAUAUGAACACUUUUUUUUUUCAUAUAAUUCAGUGUUUAAAAUUAUGAGGCUGCAGGGACAGACUCAUGCACCAGCACCACUACAUUAAGUGACUCUGGUAUUGAGAAUGUCCUAUUAAGGGAUAAUUCCUAUAUAUCUUGAUUAUGUCUCUUUGCCGUUGGUAGAAUAUAUCCUUUAAUUGAUUAAAUAUGUGUGAUGAUUGCCUAUCAUGCAUGCAAUGACACAACUAACAUACAUUUGUUUGAGCCCCUACCCCUGAGGACACAUGCCCAUCGGGUGGCCCUAAAUGCAUGGGCCCUCGGAUGGACCCCCUCGGCGUGCGGACCUCAGAGCAGCCAGUUUAUAUGUAUGUAUGCUAGUUACGCCACUGCAUGCAUGUAUGCUAGUGUUUGAUAACAUGUAAGUGAUCAAUUUCACAGGUAUGAUUGAUGAUAAUUCACAUUUAUGCAUAAAAAAAUUGCAUAUGGGCUUUGGUGCUUGAGUGUACUUAAUUAUGGAAUUACUGUAUUUUCUGUAGGAUGUACAAAGAAUUUUUUAAGUUAUCUGUUUCUCUUAACACUGAGGCAGAUUUUCAUUUUGUUGAGAUAGUGUCAGCCAGUAAAAUCUAGCUUCUACCAUGCAAACGACUCACACGCUGUAACAGCUUUUAUUAUAUAUGAAAGACAAUCCCCCAAUAAAUGUCAUCCAUAGUUGAACAAAGUUGAUAUGCCGAAGGUGUAACUUCUUCAAUAGCAGUAAUCUAAGUGAGGCCGGGCCACGAACACUUUGGUUUGCAAUCAUAUCUCUGGAAAACUUUGACUCAGAACCAAAAUGCUAUUUUGGAUAAAUACCGCAAUCAGCAGAGCUGCGGCUAAAAUAUCCAACCCGUGGCCUUAGCUGCGUUGGUGAAUUUUCCACAUCUGCUAUUUUACCUUUUUUUGUUUUAGGCAAAAUUUCGUCAUUUAUAUUGUACUUUGCUACAAUUCGUUUAGCGACUGACUCUGUCUUCAUUUUAACAGGGAACAUCCUAGACAUCUGACGUCAAGCCAUGCCACUUAAGAUGUUUGUGUAAUACUUUUCCCAUAAUGCUCAGUUAGCCUAAAUAUUGGCUAUGCAUCAUGGGAAGUGUAGUUCACACUCAUCUGGAGUUCCGUAGUUACUUAUCACUCCUCUGAUGGUACAUUAAUGUCGUCCUUGUUUGUACUUUUUAUUAUACCCUCCUCUAAUUUGUUUCCUUAAAGCAGUUCUUUACAUUUUAGGCUCUGCAUUCUUUAAAGAUAAGGCUAUAUCUGUGAUAAGUAUUUAUUAGGCGCGCACAUUGAUAGAAUGCGUUAUACGGACUGUCGGAUGGUUCCAUGUAUCACCUGCCCUUUCAAUAAAUGUAUUGUCUUGUUUAUCCGUUGACGUUCUACUCUGUCUAUCCAUAAAGUGCAAUAUAUCAGAGUAUCAAAAUAUGCCUGACUUGUGAAUCAAGCUAUAGAUUACAACAGCCUUGUUUUCUGGUACAAAGGGAUUUAACUCAUAAAAUGCUGGCUAGCAAGAUCUAAUGUUCUUUAUUCCCGCUUGCAAUAAGAAAAAGCUUGGAGGUAACCUGAUUUAGGCAUGGCUGUUCUGUUGCAUGUAUAUGAUGCUUCUCACUCCGCAGAAGUGUUUAUUACAGCUUAUUUUCUUGUUUCAGAUCCCGGUUUGCAGCUUUUCAGUUAGAUUGCCAGCCCUCGCUACAGUCUGUUACAGGAUGUGCCCAGGAAAAUUACGCUGCCUGCCUUCUGGCGUACACUGGAAUUAUAGGUACUGUGCAAUGCUGGUGUUAUGCCCAGCAGGCUUUGGAGAUUUGAAAAGAAAAAUAAGCAAACAUGUAAUCUAUUCAAUACCCAUCUUGCCAAUUUUACAGCCUUUUUAAAAUUGAUUCUCAUCCAUUUUAUGUCUAAGGGUUAAAUACGCUAUUUGCAUAAUUCAUAUGAAUAAAAUUAAGGGGGAAAAAAACAUCAACUGUUUUAUUUUAACUAUAUAACAAGAUUUAGACAGGACGGCAGGGUGUAAUAAAUCAUUAACUAAAUACUGCCUUAAAGGAACAUGAAACCCAUUCCCCUGCCUUUGUAAAGUACACGUGAUAUGGGAAAUGGUUGUGGUGUUCUGACCGAUCUUUAUAGAUUCUAAUUGAUUUCCCAGGAAGAUGAUUGGUAGACAGGUCAUUCCUGUGAUGCCAAUACCCGAAACUGGUACAGGAGAAAAUAAGGGGCUAUAGAUUGCUGAUCUCUAAAUAAUACAUAGUAUGUUGAAACUAAUGGACGAUUCAUUUUUCAUGAGGUUUUACUACACUAUGAUAUAUCUCACUAAGGGAUUUUCCCUAAACCCGGAAAAGUGUAGAAUUUAUCAGGAAAAUAAAAUUUUCUGGCAAAAAUAAGAAAAUCUGGAAAACUUAUUCUACUCAUUUCAUUUUCCGUGUUUACUACAUUGGCCUAAAAACUUCAAUUUUCAUGUCAAUCAUCCACAAACCUAUUGCUAUAGCUUAAUUCUAUAUAUUGUUAGUUUGUGAUAUUUCGAAGCGGUACUCUAUCACACCAUAAUGUAGUCAGACAAUGUCGCUAUAGGUUAAAGAAGGGAGAAAUACAGGGUUAUUCAUUGAAUAUGGAUUGACGGGAACUCAAAGUGCAUUCAAAGUGAAUUUCGUAUUUUCUGCCGAAAUUGCUCAACUAAAACAAAGUUGACUAGGAAAUUUUUUUCCCAAUUCAUCUCUUUUGACUUAAAAAUCGAAACUGACUGAUUUUAGUUUGAAUUGCUCUCAAGUCACAAUUUAGCUCACAACCCUGUUAGUAUUAACUGCAGCCGUAGCUCAACACACCUGCAGGUGAGGGUUUGUACUUUCACCACGUAUUUCAGGGACUGCUAUGCUCGGCAGAUAGUUGUGAUGCUCACCUGUCUUAAUGGUCACAAGCAUCUGGUGAGCCAAGCCUGAUCUAUUUUGAUGCAAAUCGUCUCCUAGUUUCGUUCAAAUUUGGAACCAGAAAACCUGCAGCCAGACGUAGAUCUGCACGAGGUUUCUAUGUGCCAUAUCAGUGCUGUGUGCUAGGAAAUAUUUAUUGCAUAUGACAGCUCUGUAUUAAGAUGUGUUCGGUGCUAUUUAAUUCACCAGUAAAUGUUCUGUGACUGUCUCCAUACUGACAACAGGAAGAAAUCAUUCAGCGUUAUGCAAGUGAAGUUUCAUUUUAAUUAAAUCCUUUUUUUUAAACCAUAUUUAUCUGCCACAACUAGAGCAUGCUGUAAUAUUCAUUAGCUCGCCCCUGGGAGGUAAUGCGGUGGCAAAGUAACGUGUAAAACAGCUGUUUAUUUUAUAUUUCCAACUAAUUGUUUACUGGAAGAAGAAAAAUGAAAGGUAAAUAUAGGAUUUAGGUUGUGACACACUGAUAGGCAGUUAGUGACCCACGACUAUUUAGCUAGCCGUAAACUCCAAAUCCCAUGAUCCUUCACCAGAGGUUGCUGUCCAAAUGUUUUUGUACUGCAUUUCUACAUUACAGUACCAUAUUUUCCAUUAUCCAACAAGAAAACGUAUGCGUUGAUGGUUGUCAGGACAUAACAGUUUGCGUUUAGAGGUGAAAUGGAAUGAUAUGGUACUUUAUUAGAGUUUAUACUUCUUCAUAUAAUUACAUUUGACCUAUUAUUGUAAUCAUUAUUCUCGGCUGUCAAAGUGUGCUAAAAUAAAUAAAAAAUUUUUAUAAUGUAUCAAUAUAUGAAACUAGUCUGAAAAUGACACAGUCAGAACAUUAUUUAUAAUGAAUGUAUAAAUCAUACAUUAAUUAUAAUAGAACAAAAUUCACCCAAUUUAUUUUAAAAAAUGUUUAAUUAUUUAUAAAGCACCAACAAAGUCUGCAGCGCUGUACAAUGGGUGGACUAACAGACACGUAUUUAUAACCAGACAUGUUGGAUGUACAGGAACAGUGGGGUUGAGGUCCCUGCUCAAUGAGCUUACAUGCUAGAGGGAGUGGGGGAAAUGGCAGACCUAGAGCUUUUGGCACCCAGGGUGGAUCCUGAGUUUGGCACUUCCCCCGUCCCCAAUUCAAAUGUAAAAAAACCCUUUCUUCAAAACACCUGCCCACUCCCUCUUCUACAAAUCCCCUGCCCUCCUCCACAUAGACCCAGUUCCCCUCUGUCUAUAAAAAAAACCCUGCCCAGUCCCCCCUCUACAAAAACCACUGCCCAGUCCCCCCUCUACAAAAACUCCUGCCCCAUUCACAAAAAACCCUGCCCAUCUCUACAAGAUUCCUGCCCACCCCCUCUACAAAGACCCCUGCCCAUCCCACUCUACAAAAUCCCUGCCCACCCCCUGUAGAAAUACCCCUGCCCACCCCCUCUACAAUACUAGCAAGCAGUCACCCUGCUCCUUCACCUGCUUGCUGCUCCCUGCUGAUCCGGGCUCCAGACUCUCCCUCCGCGGCGCCGCCCACACAGAGUGUCAGAGUGUGCACAUCCGCAUUCCUCCUCCUGCUGCCCAGUCACAGCUCUCGCUAAGACAGUAGAUGGCACCCCCAGAAUGAGUGGUACCUGGAGCAGACCGCCCCCUAAGCCCUCCUAUUAGUACACCACUUAGUGGGUUAUAUGCAAAAAAAGACAAACAUUAACCACACUCCAAUCACGUGUAGAUCCAAGUGCUAAACUGGACCACGGGCCAGCAUGAGCCCCAGGGAGUAGAUAUCAGUGGUAGAAAGAUGAUCCAAGCACUCCAAGUAUCUUCAAUUGUAUUUAUUAGGAUAAGUGAGACCCCAUAAUGCUAUGACCCCUGAAACCUUGCAGAGUCUUACUUAUCCUAAUGAAUACAAUUGAAGAUACUUGGAGCCCCUGCAUCCUCUUUCUACCACUGAGUGGGGUAUAGUCACUCAAUAGGUAAGGGCACGGUAAUAAAGUAGGUUGCUAGAUUAGUAUCCACUGAGUUCACUGAGGGCUUAGUUUUUUGGGUAUUUUUUAUAACAGUUGUGAGAGAGGAAUCAAGGUGCUGGGAGGGAAAGCUAUUAACAGUUCAUUUGAUACGCUUUCCUGAAGAAGGGAGUUUUCAAUGAUUUUUUUGAAGGAGUGGAGACUUGCAUAGCUUCUAUUUGGUCAAGAGAGUGCAUCGAUGUUUUAGUUAAUCUCAUUGCAGACUGCCAUUGGGCUUGUUUAAUAGUGCGUUUAAUUAUUUUCCCCAUUUCACCAUAUAAGGUAGUUUGGAGGGUCUACCCACCUCUAUCAAAUUUCUGUAGCAUAGUGACAAAAGUCUUGUCUGUUUCACUUUUCCCAAACAGUGUUUCCCAAAGACACUUAUUUCCUCCUCUUUUAUCCCCUUGAUCUUUCUAUGCGUAAUGAUAUGUUUUACCCUCAAAUAGGUAAAAAUUUCUCUACUAUCAAGUCCAACUGUAGAUCAGAAAAAUGCUGCAUACCUUUAUGAUCAUUUGGAACACUUGUUUGAUGCCCUUCAUUUUCCAAUUACCUAAAAAUAGAUCAUCUGAGCAAUAUGAAAGGCUCCCUAGUGGAGCAUUCAUCAUGAAUGUUUCUAAUUUCACCACUCUUGGUACCCAUUCUCUCCACAUUUGUAUGGAGAGGUUAGUUGUAGCUAACGGAUUGAGCCUCCUAGAUUGUUCCUGAGGCUUCACCCAUAAGGAAUCCAACAUCUGAUAGGAAUUCAAUGUCCUGCUCUAUUUUAUACCAUAAAGGGAUUUCCCUUUGUCUUAAUAAGCCAGCCGUUUGUGCCAAGAUUGAUGCCACAUAAUAUUUAUAAAUAUUGGGAACACCCAAUCCACCCUCUGUCGUCCCAUAGCACAUUGUGGUAAAUUAAACCCUUUGUGGGUUUUUUCCCUAAUAUGGGCAUUGAUUAACCUUUGAAAUCUAGUUAAGAUUAGUUUUGGGAUUAACAUAGGUAUGGUGCAAAAUAAAAAAAUAAAUAUGGAGAAGGACGUUGUCUGCAAAUAAAACAAUUUUUUGAGAACCGAUUUGAGUUGCAAGGCCUUUUAUUUCCUGUAAUUUCUUUAUGCAUUGGAUGAAGGGUUCUAAAGCUAAGAUAAAAAUCAAAGGCGAGACGGGACACCUCUGCCGCGAACCAUUAGUGAUGGAAAACCUCCGUGAGACAAAACCCUGUAAGGACUAUUCUCGCAGUCGGGGACAAAUAGUAAAAUACAAAGAAACAAGUCCUGCGCUCAAACUCCCAUUACUCCUGGGUAGCAGGAGUAAUAGUACACAUCAGCCAAAAUACAUAUAGUAAAAACCAAAGAAAAAAAGUUACCUGUGCUCUUUCCACAUCCCUAUGUACUUUUAAACAAAUGGAGGUUUUUAGUUACCACCAAUGGCCAUGAGAGGGUAUUCCCACCUGCCACGUCAAGGCAGACCUCUUAGGUGGGUCCUACACUGACCUUGCUUCCUUGAGCUUCUGGCAAAAAUAUGAACCCGGUGUUAAUGCCCAUUGGCUCUCCCUUAUUUGGAAGCUAGAUUUAUGUAUGUAGCUGUGGUAGAAUCAGAUGGAUAUAUAAUCAAUAGCCAUUGAAGAUUAUAAUAAAUCGCCAGGUGAAUUAGACUUCAUCAUUGAGCUGACAUCAUUUGCAUUCAAUUCGUAUCCUUAAUUUAACAGAAUAAACCUCAAAUUACUCUUAAAUACAUUUCAUUUGAAAGCAACUCAAUGAAUGUUCUUUUUUUGUAGGACCACAUCCAUUGGAUUAGAGAGUUUGAAAAUAAACAGGGACAACAGAAUGGAGAAAUAGAUGGACAUUCAAUAUUUUUUUUGUAAAUUUUACCACAAUUGGAGAAGUCAUUCAUUUUUUUUUAAUGCCGUGAGGUAUUGUAAUAAGUAUUUGUGAUGUGCAGCUAUUAAUAACACAAAAAAAGUACUAAAAUAGCAAUUCUGCUCUGAUAGGAUAAGACACGUCCCAUUAUUUAUCUUACUAUCAUUUAUAUAGCGCCACCAUAUUAUAUUUGGGUAACAACAUGUGGUUUCUUGACAGAGGCAAGAGACCAAGACAGCCUGAUCAAAUGAGCUAACAAUCUAAGAGAUAUGCUAACAUAAACAUUAUGGGUUUUGAAACUUAAAAAGCUUAGAGAGGACAUUCUUUAUCGUUGGAAAAUGUUGACAUCAGGAUGGAGCAUGGCACUUGGAACAAGCAGUGGAAUCUUCUGGAUGACAGAUAGGAUCUAUAAAGCGUUUCUUUGUAAUCACAAGAGACUAAGAGCCUUUGUCUAGCAGAUACUGAACUGACAAUAUCUCAUAAAUUAAAGCCUGGAAUGUGAAGUAGCAAUCUAUUCCGAUGGCUGCAUUGUCUGCCCGGUUUGUUUGUCUAAAUACCUUGUGUAUGAUAGCCAUCAAGGACAAAACCGUGCCAAUAUAAUCUAACACACUGUAAUAAUGACUAUAGCUCAAGCUACAUAACUGCUUAUUUAUCUCACUAAAUACUAUACAAUACCAACUUAUCUCCAAAGCUUUAUUUAGUUAUUAUGUUUUGAUUUUAGGUUUGAAAAUAUAUACCUUGUGUAUGCCAGUUUUGUUUAUUUUUUCCUCCAUAUUGAUAAUGACGUGUUAGCACCAUUGCUCAUUAUUGAUAAACAUUAAUAUUAUAUAAAAAUGAUUAUUAUUAUUAUUAAUGUCUGAAUUAAACAUAUUUUAUUUUUUGAAAAUAGCUCAACACUGAAACAUAUCGAUGUAUGUAUAGAACCUGUGUACUGCCUCCUGCUAAAAAGCAGCAUGUGUGGAACUAUAUCACUUUUAUUUCCUUUCUUUAGGGUUAUAAUACUGGUUGACAUAUAUUUGAUCAUACCUGUUUUGGUAUAAAAUGUAGGGUACUAUGUGUAAUGUCCACUACUUGUUAGGAUUUCUACAUUAACCCCAAAAAGAGAUCUAGGGUUACCAACUCUUACACUUUUCCAAUGUUCUCAUGAUAAAUUAUUACUGUCGUAAUGACAACUAUGGUGGAAUACCUACUAUCGUUUUCUGUAGAAAGAAAAAGCUUUUUUUAUUUGAGUUGCAUUCAAGAUAUGAUGAAUCUCAAUUUUGAACUGGAUAUUUGCACCUUUAGCACCUUUUUAAUAAACUUUGUGCACAAUUAAAUAACCGAGCUGAGUCAAGCUGGUAAACUUGGAAGUUUGGUCAAACAGGACUCAACCUAAAGUAAAUCUGUCAAUAUCAGACUUAUUCGCUGAAUAGGUCAAGAGGCACCCUAAGCUUGUCGUAAAAGAUUAGGUUGUCUAGAGUCUUUCCAAGCCAUUAUCUGGUGAAAUAUGAAAUCUAUCAUCUCUUUCCUGCUCAGAGGGACCACCCAUCUUGGUUGCACUGAAAGUGCAUAAUUAAAAGUUCCACAUAAUCAUUCUCACUUCUGCCAGCUUCAGUGGCAUUGAAUGUCUGAGAAUACCACCCAAUGUUUUCAACCAAUCAGUGCCAUUCAGAUUGGAUAAAAUUGACACUAAACAUAAAAUACCGUUAAUUUUGCCUUAUCAGUGUGGUUGCGUUGGGGAUGGUCCUAUGGUGGUGCCCUAGUUAACAUGAAAUCAUUUUUAAACGGUGUGAUAUUAAACUCUACAGUGAGCUGUAAUGAUUUAGUUGUUCAGACUUGGGUAUAACUUGGGUUUUACCAUUCAAAUUUCAGGUUCUUAAUGAAUACACUCUUUUGUGCCAUAUAGUAAUUGUUAUGGACCACUUAUGGAAAUCCAGUCCUGUGGGUAGCCUAUGCAAUCAGCUAAUAAUGGAAGUUGUCAUCUACAUUGUUAUUGUUAGAUGUUAUAUGUUUAUUAUCUAAUGCCAGAAACAAUAAAUUACAUAGUAAUUAUUACUUGUAAAUGUGAGCUGUGAUAAUCUUAUCAGCAUUUUUGUGGUUUUCUUAUGUCUUUGUUGCUGUUACUCUUCAGGCAGUGCGAUUACUCCAAACUAUGUGGAUAACUCAUCUUCCAGUGUGUCCCCCUGGUGUACGUGUAAUACAAGUGGAAAUCGCCAAGAGGAAUGUGAAAACUUCUUACAUCUCUUCACAGAUAACAUCUGUCUCCGUGAGUAUAUUACACUUGUUGGGUGUUGAGGUACUUCACAGUGCAACUCAGCACUCCAUUAGGAUAUAGAAAUGUUGCCAAGGAGUAGGCUCUGAACACAGCAAUGUCCAUCCAAUACAGAUCAAGGCUUUUGUAGAGCACAGAGAUAUGGCAUAUUAAAUAACAUGGAUUAUCACAUUUCGAACACAUUGCGCCAUGUAAUUAGCACAUUCUUUUUAAUGCAAUCUAUAGAUCAGGCCUUGCUAGCUUCCAGAAUCUAGCUUGAGUCCAAAGCAAAACUCAAUGACCCCCUUUCCAGGACAUUGCUCUAGGAGCCAUAUUACCGCCUCUCCAACCUUGUCAAACGUUGCCAACUUGCCAAACCAUGUGAGCCAGGAGGUCAAUUAACCCCUUAAGUACCAAACUUAUGGAAUAAAAGGAAAUCAUGACAUUUCACACAUGUCAUGUGUCCUUAAGGGUUUUAAAAAAAAAGACCAAAACAGUGACACAGUUAUGAAACGAUAAGCGGCUCCACAUUCUGUGUGGUUCUGAGAUCUUUUGGUUUGCUCGGCCCUUUCUGGUGUUUAUUAUAACUUUGUGUUAAUUAACACGGCUGUUUUGGACGCAUUGCCUUUUGGAUACGUUUUUGCUUUGGGGAGUUUUCUCUGCAUGGAGGGGUAGUCGACAAUGUUGCAAUAAGCUGUUUGGAGAGUGAGAGUAUAAACAACCCCUGAAUUCCAAAAGAUCUAUUUUGGUAGUGUAGGAUUUAUAAAAAAAAUUUUUACAUUCUGGAUUUUGAUAAUGAUAUUUUGUAUUAAUUCGGAAACUAUAAUAUGCUGCAUUGCUAGCUAUUCAAUGCAAUCCUGCCUAGUCGCAAAAUCUAAUCAAUGGAGUAGAGGAACAGUGCAGCCUCUAUGCCGAGCUUUCCCUCCUGACUUCCUCUUGGGGAGGACCGGUCCCACUUCCUUUACAGCUGAAGAAGCAUUAUAUCAGUGGCAUUUUUUUUUAUAUCAAGAGGCUCUUUUGAAAAUCAGUUGCCUGUUGUAAAAAAAACACCAGUAGAGAUUCAAUGCUAAAGAACUCCUCACCUAGGGCUUUAGCCCCAUAGGACCUCCAAGCCAAGACCUCUGGUAUAGAUAAGGAAUUUAGAAAAACAAAAAGUAUCCAAUCCAGUAUAACAAAUAUACUCACAUGUGAAUUUGCUGCCAUUCCAAGACACUCCCGCACAGAUAAUCAACCUCAAGCACUACCUUCACCAGUAAGAAGGUUACAAGCAGAACUAUAACUCCAAAAAUGUUCGCUGUAGUAACUGAUGACAUGAAUAGCUAUGUUUAUUGGAGAACGAAGGAUCAUAAAUGGUGGACUUGCAUAGCUGUAACAUCACAUACCUCUCUUCGGCAACCAACAAGAAGGGAAUAAUUUAAAACGUGGCAUGUGGGGCUGAGGAUGCAGAUUUAAAAUACAGUAUUUAUAGGAUGCAUUUAUUUUUUGUUGCAAAAAUGUAUACACCAUGACUUUAUCUUUCUCUCAUGUUUUAUUUCUCAGCACACACAAUAAAUUAUUAAAAUAAAAAAGGUCUUGAUGUAACAAUGUCAAACCCAAACUCUUCUUUUUCAUAGAAAUGCAGAGGAGAACAGAGAGUAAAACGUUUUGUAAAAGUGACAUAGUAACCACGGCAACCAAUGGAAAAAGCGGUAAUAUUCCAUUGGUUUCCAUGGUGAUUACUCUACAUUGACACGUUUAGACACACUUUCCUUUUAAAGAGAUGCUACCGGCACCAUAGCAAUUACAGUCCGCUGUAGUGGUUAUGGUGCCAAGAGGGCCCAGGUACUGUCCCAGGAUAAGGUUUUAAACCAUUUUAAUAUGGUUUGUCAACUUACCUGGGUUCCACGAUGUAGCUGUGGUCACCUCUGCCACAUUUGAUCUUCUACGGAAAGAGAUGCGAGAUUGUUCUAAGGAAUAAAGCAGCACAAUGAAGUACCGCAUUCACUGGACCAAUGAGCUCCGUCCUGUACCAGCAGUACUUUGUGGAGACAACCACCUUCUCCUACUGGUGGUUGGAGAAUUCAGUUUAAUACACUUUGUAAAAUCUCCUUUACUGCCUCUAACUAUCCCUGCCUCCAGGUCCCUUUAUCCAUUCUGCUGCAAAACAGUAUCAGUCAUCUAUUGUCUUUUGCAUACACUGUUUUAUUUUAUUUUUUUCACCUGCUGUUGCUCUUUUCACUGUAAAAUUCAGAAAACAAAAGUUUGACCAGCCUGCAAGUUAGAAGGUAGAAGCUGUGCGGAAAGUGCAGGGCUCCAGAAUGGAAAGAUUAAUGGUUUGCAUUUACCUUUUUGAUUCAAUCAUUGGCCUCUUUAAUGGCAAUGGCAAUCAGGGCUGAGCAACCUUCAUUCUGUGAUGGAAUCAAAACAUCUGACCAGCCUUUUGCAAAACUGAUUUUUCUGCAGGCUGGAUAAUGACUGUUAGGAACAGAACACAGCAGUUUUCUGCCAUGCCCUCCAGCUAAAAGUAUUGUUAUUUUACAUUGGUAAGAAAUGUUUUGCACAAAAAGCUAAAAUGUUUGUAACUUUUUUUUUUUUCGCAUUGAGUUUUAGAGUAAGUAGCAUCAUUAAUAAUAUGUACAGACAUGAUCAAUAAACGUACCCUUUCAUUUAUUCUUUAGAAAAUGCUAUUCAUGCUUUUGGGAAUGGAACAAACUUGAAUCCGGCUUUAAAUCCAUCUGUCACCUCUACAACACCAACGCACAAGGAGGAAAUAAGCUUAAACAGUUCCAUUCAUCCUGUCGAGGAACUUGUCCCUGCUCAAGUUCAGCCCACCAAGGUAGGGUGACAACCAGACAACAGUUAUAUCGACUGGAUUACUACUGAGCAUUGGUAUGCAACUAAUUCUAAAAUAACAAAUGAAAAACUGAUGCACUAAGAAAUAUACUUAAUAGUGUAAUAAUAUAUAUAUAUAUAUAAUAUAUUUGUGUUAGGUGCUUAUGAUAGUACAGUGUGAAAUACCAUAAAUAAAUGUAGGAUAAUAAAAAGAGCAAGUCGGUUGUGGUGUGCCGGAACCAACGAUGAGGUAGGCCUGAGAAAGAAGAGGGCCUACCCAGGGAAAGAAAUUAGAAAAUAAAUGUUAAAAUGUGGUGUGGUGGGAGGGUCAUUCAACGCUGACCUUGAACGGUAAGUAGGCUAGGGGUAGCAAACCAGCACCUCCCACAAAUCCAGGCAAAUUGCCUUAAUACUUGUGUUAGGUGCUUAUGAUAGUACAGUGUGAAAUACCAUAAAUAAAUGUAGGAUAAUAAAAAGAGCAAGACGCUUGUGGUGUGCCGGAACCGACGAUGAGGUAGGCCUGAGAAAGAAGAGGGCAAAAAUUAAGUAAUCAAAUUAAUUACAGACAACCAAUACAGAUACAUUUUAUCAACCAGACAUGUUUUUGAAAGCAUCCCUUAAUUCUUGUACUGGGUUCGGUAUGUACCGUGAGUAAGCGGAUGACUUCCAGCGCCCCAGUGUUUUGAUAACAUGAGUUGGGAUGUUGACACUGGAGGCUGUGGACGCGGCUCCUAUACGAAAGGAGUGCCCUGAGUAUUUGGCUGCGUUGAGGCCCAGUUGUGUGAGCAAGGACCUGACGUAGGUCAUGAAGGUUGUAGUGGUGAGUACUGCACCUUGUAGCUGUAGUAAUGGUUGCGAGGGCAGUAAGUUAUGAUGCUGUAUGUAGGCAUCAAGAACCCUGACGGGACACCAUCUGUUGUGCGUGGGAUAGUACGGAAUAUUUACGGGUAUGUGCUGGUUUUGGAGUGAGGUAAAGUCAGGAUGUAAUGAUCCAUAUGUUUUGUCAAGUGGGAAUAGAGGAGGAAAGGAGUAGUUUGGGUCGUGGAGGUUGUAGUGAAUUCUCUAGGUCUUAGAAAUCCAUAGAAAGCUAUGUAUAUUGCUGUUUUGAUGAUAGAAUUUGUGUUGGUGUCAAACGGUUUUAAGUCAAGCAGGUUAGACAAUGCUUUAAAGAUAUGGUUAUCUAUGGGUAGCCUCUGGGCUGUAUGUGUGGAUUCUGAUUUCUGAAUACCUCUGAGUAUGGUCUUAAUUUGGUGAGAGGCCAUGAAACUGUUGUUAUUUGGGUGUAAGAUUAGCAUGUGGUGUUGAAUGCCAGUGAGAUAGAGUUUGAUGGUGUUAUAUGACAUUUUAAGUUUAAGGUGGCAAAAGGAAGCAAACCCCAAAAAAGAUGUCAUAACAAAUGGUUGCUUGAUGUUAUGUUCCAGAAGGAAUCGUUUGAAUAGUGUGAAAACCCUGUUGUAUGUUUUGUGUGUAUUGUUUGAAAGUGCCAAUUGGGACAAUGUCCUGCUAUGCUGCAUGAUGGUGUCUAGUCCAGUAUGAGAUGUUGAAAUGUUGGAGUGAUGGUGGCUGUGGGCGCAGCUGACGGGAGUGCUUGAUGAAAUGCCUGAAAUUUAAAGCGAGACAAAUUGUCAGCAGCUGUGUUAUAUACACCUGGUACAUGGAAACAACAUAGGAAAAAAUUAUGAUAAGCUGCCAACCAAGUGAGUUUCCUCAGAAAUCUCAUGAUCGUAAGGGAUUUGGAACGACCUUUGUUGAUGAUGUGACAGGUAUAUAUAUAUAUAUAUUUUUUUUAGUGCCCUUAUUUUUUAUUUAUUAUUUUCAGUGUGGUUUUUGUGGUGAUGUAGCACACAGUUGGUUGCAACACAAAACGAUACGCAUGUUUUAGAGUUAAAAGUGUUUACAAAUGAUUUCAUCUCAUUUGUAUCAUUUACAGAGAAGAGGUCCAGGCACUCCAAAAGCUUCAGGCAAAUGUAUUGAAACAUUAGGAACACUGCAACGUUUUGACCCAGAAUCAGUUCUUUGUCAAGCUAGACAUGUUGCAGUGUUCCUCAUGUUCCAAUAUAUUUGCCCGAAGCUAUUGGAGUGCCUGGACCUCUUCUCUGUAAACUGGUAUUUAUCAUUGUUGAGCUUGUGCUGGCCCAUGGUCUAGUUCAGCACCCUUGGCUUAUUGUUGAUUAAGUUUGUUUCCUUUUUGUAUAUUGUAACCUAUUUGUAUUAAGUCACAAUGCAACUAAUUCUAGCUGAAUACCUCCAAACUGUCAUGAAUUUAGAAGGACAGUCACUGUUUCGGACCACUGUUUCAUCUUCUGAAUUUGGUAGUCUGAUGACCCAAUUCUGAUGAUUCCAGAAUGCUCAGCACAAGGGCAACAUUUUAGAUUUGCUUUACCAAUAUACACCCUAUUUGGUACCACACCACUCGUCCAUAGUCAUGGUAAAUAUGUCUAAUACAGUUUACAGGUUAAACUGUAGAUACACAUAUUUAAAAAUAAGAAAUGUUUGUGAGAAUCAAUAAGGAAACUGCAAAUUUAGCCUAAAAUGGUUGGAAAAAUAUCUAUGUGUAGUAUUCUCCCAGUUUAGGAUUUGCUGUUCGGUUUUCUACAAUUCCCAUUUUAAUGGACUAUCUCACAUGAAAAUUAGAAAAAACGCAGAAUAAAAAGAAUGCUAAUUCGGGGAUUAAUGGUUACAUUGACAAUUCAUGUGGAAACUUCAUCUGCAAGAGAAUGAGAGACUUGAUCUUCUUAAGGGAAAAACCCAAAAUGUAAUUGAUACAUAGCCAAACCAUAUCAAUAGGUUAGAUUAAAGUGUCUAUUUAUGAAACAGUGAGAUAUGGUAAGUUUGAUAUGUUAGUUUAUAUUUUAUAUAGCCAUGAAUUAACACAAUCAUACUGUGAAAAUCCCAGCAUGCACUUGAGCUCCUCCCAAUUGGUUGCUUAUUCAGAUUUUUUUUUUGAUCUCUGACAUGCAAAUUGUAAGCCACAAAAUAAAAUGUAAAAUAAAAUAGAUUGUUUUCUAACUUAACUGAUUUAGUCUACAUUUUGCGUGUCCAUUCUUUUUUUUUUUCUUGCGUUUUCUGUCUUGGCUCUAUUCAAAAUGCAGUGUGCAUUCAUCAGAGACGGGCUGGUAAACUUUAGCCUGAAAAGCAAGUUUGGAAAAAAGUCUAAAAAAAUUGUUUCAAGAAAUUCAAAUAAACAGACCUAGUUUUCUUAAACGGAGGAGCAGUAGAGAAAGGAAUCUGAAGUACAGCAUUUCAUUAAGUCCAAAAAAUAUUUUUUCGUCAAACCAUAUAAAGCAAGUUAGUUAUACUAAUCCUGAGGAGCAAUAUCUGCCCCUCUACGAAAUCCACCUUUGGUUCACAUUGCAUUGUUGGAGCUUCUCAAAACACAAUUUAUCCUUGUAAAAUAGCUGUUCAUUUAAUUAAAGAAUAAAAAGUAACAUUUUCUUCUGUCCUUCCCUAGGUCACAAGACAGGAGCCUUUUUUGACAGGAUCCGAUCAAAUCAAAUCCGAGGUGUUCAACUCUAUGGCUCCUACGUUCAGCGCCAGUUUGGCCAGCCUUGGAUGCUCCAUUAUCUUUGCCAUAGUCCUGUAGACUGUCAUGUGAAUGCAUCAGAGUGUCUAUGCUUUAUUCUCGCAGACUGAUUGCAAGAAGGAAAAGAAAAAAAAUUUUAGUCUAUUUUCUUUACUUUUAAAAUUUUUUGUUAAAUCAUGGUAACCCUAAUAAUCUUUAUUUUAGGCUCUUGUCCAUUUGAAUAAUUUUUAUUUUUAUUGCAUUAAUCAUUCAUAAGUGUCUCUUCAAAUCACAAACGUGGCUUUUGGAGACGUUACAAAAGGAAGCCACGUGACUUCAAGAAAAGUUUUAUAGUUGUCUAGAAGACUGGCAUCCUUCUUUUGCCAUCGGUGCCUGAUCGAGUUCUGUGGAGCUUUGGAGAAAGACAAAAGACAAUGUAUUGUACUGGGAUGCAGAGCACAAGAAUACAAUUUAUGGAAAAGUUUAAUAUCAAAAUAAUGACCAACCUUUGAGACAAAAAAAAACAAAAACAUUUGACGUGAUGUUGUUGAACCCAGUGGUAUGUUAGAAAAUGCAGACAUAGCAUAUGGAGUCUAACCCUCUUUGCAUUUUCUGAACUUGUCUUAUUUUCUACAGUUCUGGGGGAAAUAAUGUAAAUAUCAUAUAAAUGCCUCAUAUGUCAUAUGAAAGGUAGACUCGAGGAAGAAACAUGGAUUUUCCCGAGAUCGAUUUAUUUUGUGAUUGUUUUCAAGAUCAAAAGUGUUUGUGUACCUUUCGCAUCACAGCGAGAGUUGACCUUUCCCUUGGUGGCCCUCGGUGACAAAUUUCUACACAAAUGCUUUGGAUAUAUAUAUAUACAUAUAUGAAACAAAAUUAUGUUGAGUGAAGGAAAGUAUUUUGACAAUGGUUUCGUUGUACCUUUCCUUUCUUCUCUUUCUUUAAGCAUACAUGAAAUGAUUCCACAUGAAAUAUAAUUUUUAAUCUUGGGAUAUUUUUCUUUUCUUUUUGACCGUAGUAUUAAAUUGUAUUAUACAACACCUGUGUCUGGCUGUGA